GCAGCAGCAGCAGCCGGAGGGCAAGUAGCGGCGGCGGCGGCGCUGGUGUUGCUGCUGCCAUUUGCGAAGUGGAGACGGGAGUCUGCGGACCCGGCGCGCCAGCAGCAGCAGCAGCAGUGGCAGCUGGACCCAGAGCGCCGAGCGCGCAUGGAGCCGGAGUUGGGUGCCUGCUUCCCUUCGCGUCCGUGGAGCCCCCGCGGCGGCGCGAAGCUCCUGCUGCUGCUCUUGACGGUGCGCCUGGGCAGCUGGUGAGUAGCCGAGACUCCGCACGUGCCCGCCCGGUCCUGCCUGUGGCCACUUCGCUGCACUUAACCUAAGGUUACCAGAUUUUUAUUUUUUCCCAGGGACAUUUUUUCAACUUCAAUGGAUUUUGUAUGGGGACUGGUUUGCAAAUCCGGGGACUGUAUGCAUGCAUACAGUCUGGUAAAACUUAAUUUAACCCUGCAUUCGAUCGGCGCAUCUGGAAAGCAAAGGAAGCACUGUGCUUUUUCCUGCUUAGGGGGUUCGGUCCUUUGGAUGGCAUCAUCCUCAUCCUCACGCUGCCAUCACUUUCUGUUCUGGUCCAGGACCGAGCGCCCGCGUUGCUGGAAGGGAGCUGUUGCAACUCGCCACCUAGACAAAAACAGCUGCUCUCCUCUCCUGCUCCUUUUCCGAGUGUGAACUUCUUCUCUGGGAAGCUUGAUCCAGUCCGGGUCGAUUCUGAAGCAAGUCCCUAGGGAGUUAGAAAUUGUAGAGUUGGAAGGGACCCUGAGGGUCAUCCAGUCCAGCCCCCUGCAGUGCAGGAAUUCUCCCCACAGACGUCCCUGGGUCGAACCCACCAACCUUCUGGUUAACCGUUAGGCACACUGACCCAUUGUGCUACAGGUUGCUGAGGUUUAUUCUUUAAAAGGAGGGGUGUGAUUUGGGGUUAUUGGGAGUUGCGAAGCCCUAAGUGUGUCUGCUUAGAAACAGUAAAUCCUAGAAUUGUACUGUUGGAAGGGAUCCCGUGGGUCGUCGAGUCCAACUCCCCCUGUAAUGUAGGGAUUUUUUGCCCUACAUGGGGCUUGAACCAAUGAUCUACGAGUCUCAUUCUCUACCGACUGAGCUGUCCCAGGUCACUUCUAAGGAAACCAAGGUAGGGUAGCAGACUUGAGCCCCUAGCCUUGGUGAGUUUUAGUAGAAAGUUUUUUUUGUCUUUUGGAGUGGGGAACAGCCACGUGUUGACUAACAGCCCGAUUCCCUCUGAAGUAAAUUCCUCUAAGCAAAUUCCCCUUAGGUUAAGGUUCUUCUUGUAAGCAUGUAUAUUAGGAUGGGGCUAAAUGGGAAUUAUUUUGGGGUAGGAAUGCACAGGGAAUCAUGUUGCAGUGCUGAAAGCCUAAGCACAUUCAGCUGGAAGUUAAAGCCUUUUGAAAACAGCACCCAGUGCUUCUCAGGAAGCAUACAUGCAAACUUACUUAUUGGGGAAUAUGUCAUACAGAAUCUAAAGGGACUUCCUUCUGAGUAACCCUGUUUAGUAUUAGGCUGGGAGCCUGAAGCACUUGGAAAUAAGUUCCACUGAGAUCAGCAGGACUUGCUUUCAACUAACUGGGGGCGGGGGAGUAUAACCCCUGUGUCAGUCUUCCGUGCCUUCCAGAUGUUUGGACUACAGUUCACAUGGGGGUAGUUCUGGGAGUUUUCUGCAGGAAAGGAUCUUCUGGGUUUUGUCCUGAAAAGUGGCUGGUUUUGCCAGAGGGCUGUGGAAGGCACUGUAACUGGGAGCAGAAGUUUUAUGCUCUUUCUUCCUGUAGCAUCGAGUCAUUCAAAAUUCUGCACUGCACUGCUAGCACUUCUGGGUGAAAAGCAACUGGUCUUCUGUGUGCACGAACUGUCUUCCUGUGAUCUCUCAAAACUACAGAAAAUGGUUGUUCGAAAGAGUGUUUACUUGCAGAGCCCGCGGCUUGGCUAAACCUGAUCUUUAAUGAUCCGGGGAAACUACAGCCACAGCUUUUUACACUCCUUUGCCCUUGAUUCUUUCACUAUGUCUUUAGCAAUAGGAUAUAUUUUGGAUAGGAAGCCUUGGAAAUAUUGCGCCUUGUGAAUACACAUGGAACAGCUGGGGUGCUCCUUCAGAGAUUUUGCAAACCUGAUGGAUUGGUAAUGUAAAAGGAUUGCCAGGCUGACCCUAAAGAAGCAGCACUUCGCUGAGGAAGGCAAGCAUGCUGCUUCCAAGAUUUUUUUAGGGGAAGGAAAGGAAAUCAGCUGUCCCUUUUCAAUGCCUUGAAUAAUUCAUAGAUACUGUAAUGGGCAUUGUGCCAUCAGUUUGCAUUUCUCAUAAAGAUAUUAAAUUGCAAUGCAAUGGGACAAUAGAACACUCCAUUGUCAUUUUUUAAAAUGACGUAGGCCAAAUCAUUAAGCAGGGUGGGGGAAUAUUCCGGAUAUGCAGUAUCCAGGGUGGGGGUUUUUUAUAUUAAAAAAGUGUUUAAAAGUAUUUGAAUUCAUCCACACUGCACUAUCAUUCGUGCAUCUGUGUCAAGUGUGUGAAUCUUAAGAGUGUGCCUCAGCUUCAUCACUGGCCAGAAACAUCUCUGAUUAUCCAUUAUUAUUAUUAUUAUUAUUUAUUAUAGCAUAUGCUGUAGUUUGAGCCCUCUCAAAGGCUGGUGGGAGGGGGAGACUUGUCAGGUUAUGGUAACGUUUCAAAGGCAUUGAUGAAAAUGACACCAGCACAGCUAAGGCUUCUUGUGAAUGAAUCUUAAUGAAACGAGUUGCUCCUCAGGAAAAAUAAUAAUAUUCAAGUGGGUACAUUGUGUUUGCAGAGGGGGGAGAGAACAAUCACCUGUGAUCAUUUAGCUAGUUGACAGACUUUGAGGGGAAAGGCAGGGACUGGGGAGGGAGGUAGUUUGGAAAUGGGGCAGAGCAGGAAAUGAACUAUUACUGCAUUCCUUAGCGAAGAGACAAAAGUUAGAGGAGGAUUCUGUAACUGCACUAAGAACGUUUGAUUUUGCAGUUUGUGUGCAAUUAUCCUCAAAUUACAAAACUAUUAAAUGGGGAGCGGGGAGGGUGGGGGACUGCUUGACUUGUCGUUUUUGAUUCCAGGCAGCACUUCCUCAGCUGAAUGCUCAGUGUAAACACCAGCACCUGCAUCAACUGGUUUUCUUUAAAGGCACGCCUCCCCCCACCCCCGGCCCCAUUCACAGGAUAAUGGAUAAAAUGGCUGUAAGUGAAGUGAGUGGUUUUCAGAGCUAGACACGUGGCUUUGCCUCCUAGAAUUGUUAAAGCUCUAGUGGUUUUGUUCAUAGCUCUACAAUGCCUGGGCAGUAGGUCAGCCUCCCUCAACCUGGCAUUCUCCAGAUGUUGGGACUACGGCUUACACCAGCCUCAGCAGGGCUGGAGUGACCUGUAGUCCAAACAUCUGGAAGGCAUGAGAUUGGGGGAGAUUGACACAAGGCUAUACUAUUCCCCUGCCCCUUUAAACAUCCUUUUGCCAACUGAAAAAAAGUUUAGAAUGGAUAUUAUUAUCUUGACAGCAUGUACAAUGACAAUCAGAAUGCUUCAUAUUGGUAUUGGUGAUUUUUUAGGAGGCGGGAUGGCCAAAAUGGAAGCCCCAGUUGUCUAUGUAAUGGGAGACAAUAUCAGCUCUGGAGCAAGCAGAGUUUUUUGCCCUCCCAUUGGAACCCAUGGGAGGGAAUUUAAGAAAAGACACUGGGAGGGAAGGACCCCCCCCCCAUUUCUUCCUUAUUGGUGUAAGCCCCACAGGGCUUGAAUACGGCCGUUCGUCUGUCUUUAGUUCUCUCUGCCCCUUCAGUAUUGUUCUGUAAAGUGUUCUGUGAAUUCUCCACUUUCAAGGGACCCCUGUCACCUAAGAAGAAAAAGAAGAAGAGUUUGGAUUUGAUAUCCCGCUUUAUCACUACCCUAAGGAGUCUUAAAGUGGCUAACAAUCUCCUUUCCCUUCCUUCCCCACAACAAACACUCUGUGAGGUGAGUGAGGCUGAGAGACUUCAGAGAAGUGUGACUAGCCCAAGGUCACCCAGCAGUUGCAUGUGGAGGAGCAGGGAUGCAAACCCGGUUCACCAGGUUACAAGUCCACCACUCUUAACCACUACACCACACUGACUCUACAUUUAUAUGCUGAAGUCCAUCUCUUCUGGAGCUCCUGCACUAGGAAUGGAUGGUUAUAUUGCAGGCUGCCCCAUCUCCCACCCCCCAAUACAUAGACAUCUUAAAAUAUUUUGGGGCUAGUUCCUGUGCAGAUUUUUUUGGGAAUAAUUCUGGGGGAAAACCUUAAAAAUAAUCAGCGAAAGGAAGAGGCAAUUUAGGAGUCCUUUCAAGGUGUAUGGAGCGUUUGAUCUCUUGCCCCUUUUCUUGUUUUAACACGUUGCAAAGCUGCUUGGAGCAGCUUCAGUGAACAGGACCUCUGGUGCACUGGGUACAAAUACUUUUCAAAAUGGUGCAGGAAGAAACUGCACAUGGUUUCCUGUGUCCAUGCAAAGGUGUCUGCCACCAUCAAGGAUGGGGAAGAAAUUUGAUUCAGUUUACAUUGCACUUUCUAAAAUGAUAUGUGAACCAAAACACAGCCAUCCUUCAAAAUCCUCACUUUAUAUGGAUUUUGCAAUGCAGUUCCCCAAUCAGACAGGUUUACAAAAAUGCAUAUGUUAGAGGAAAGUGUGCAUAAAAAUUAAUAUAUAUGUGAAAUAAAAUAUGAAAAUGUGUCAUAUUAGGGGAAAAUCAAUGUACAUUGGUCAAAACUGCAUUAAAAAGUGUUAGGAGAAAUUUGCACUAAAACGCCUGUGAAUUUUCAUGAGGAUUAUUUUAAAAAAACAAAAAUGCAAAGUGCUGCCAAAAUGUGGAGAACUGAAUUUAAGAUUGGAAAAAUGAGAAUCAAGAAAGCCAAAAGCAACAGAACCUUCCAUUUCUAGUGUUCAUGUUGCCCACAAGCAGCCUUACAGUGCUGAAGAAAGAGCAAGCAAGCAAGGAAGCCUUUUCACCAUAAAGGUUUCACCAUAAAGGUUUGCUGUUCAGCAGACUAAAUCACAAAUCUAUAUACUGGUUUGAUGAAUUUAUAUAUUUGUAGGGUUUGGAUCAAAACCCUAGCCUGUGCAUUGCAAAUAUUUCCAUGGCAUAUUGUACAAUGCACAGUCAGUUUACAUAGAGGUCAGGCCUAAUGGGCUUUAAAGUUACCUAGUGCAUUCUAAAGAGUGAAUAUAGAAUAUAGCCAAAGCUUAUUUGUAGCUUCCCGUUGCCAGAGAAGAUAGGCAGCUUGCUCCCACUACCACCAUUUGGAACAGGUUUUCCAGCACUAUUGACCUUCUCUUUAAGGAACUUCUGAUAAGAAUAACCAGAGUUCCCUGGAAUAUGCUCUGAAACCUCUGCCUUUUGAUAAUUCAGCAGAGAACAUCUGGGGGGGGGGAAUCAUUUUUCGGUAUCUAAUGAAACGUUUUGCCUUGGUGUAUAAUUCAGUUAAAAAGUUAAAAUAUUUGGUAAGAUAUUUCUACUUAGUAUUAUGUUGGUCUUCCAGUCUGAAUGCAUGCACAUGUUUUCUGAAAGAAGCACCUGCUUUUUAGGAAUAGACUAAUUCUCUGAGUACAAUGGCACCAAAGUAAAAUUUGGGACCACAAAAGUGAUGCCUGGCUCCCUUUAUUCUGAAUCCUGUCCUGCAUUUGCUGAGAUAUUGAGGUUGUGUGGCAUUGCACAACGAAGAACACCGGAGGUAGGAAUUCAGGUGGGACCACUCCCCCCCCCCCCCCGUCAUUCACGGCUCCAUUUACAUGGGGUAAGGGAGACAAAAUAAGGUUACAGUGGUACCUCGGGUUAAGAACUUAAUUCGUUCUGGAGGUCCAUUCUUAACCUGAAACUGUUCUUAACCUGAGGUACCACUUUAGCUAACAGGGCCUUCCGUUGCCACCACGCCACUGCCGUGCGAUUUCUGUACUCAUCCUGAAGCAAAGUUCUUAACCCAGGGUACUGUUUCUGGGUUAGUGGAGUCUGUAACCUGAAGCAUCUGUAACCCAAGGCACCACUGUACAAGUAACCUGAAAGCCUUUCUAUCUGUGCUACACAUAUGAAGCCCUCCUCUUGAUGUUGUUCAGUAAGGCCAAACAUGGUGCUCUCAAUAGGCCCACAAGUACCCAGAAGCAGCUUAUUUAUACCUUUAACCUUAGUCAUAACCAAGACUGCAGUUAGGUUGUAUACUAAAGUCACCCUCAUCCUGUUUUAUAAGCAAUGGUAUGCUAUGGGACAAACAGCUACGAUUGUUAAUGCCAUAGUGUGGACAAAGACAUUGCAAUGGAAUCUGUAGUCAUACUCUUCUGGGUAGACCAAAUAAGUCAGUUGCACAUUUAUGCAAAUCAGAUGUCCCGCUGAUUAAUGAAUUUGUGUUGUUGCAGACAUAAAUGAAUAGUCUUGUGAAAAAUGCCAAAGUCAGUGAGAUUCUCUAGGAGCUAGAUAGAAGAAGCCUGGUCUUCUGACUGCUGAACCAAGCCCAGUUGUGUGUGUGUUUGUUUAGGAGCCAGUGCAUACUGAAUAUCUACAUUUUUGCAUUCCUGGUCUUGAGUCAGUCCCAGUUCAGUGAGCAGGCCAUCCUAUAAAUAAUCUAGACUCCUAGUUACUUUGAUAGAUUGCUCUUGUCAAAUUUUCCAUCCAUCUUGUUCAGCUAGGAAGACAUCUUUAGUGACCUAGAUCAAGAAUGGGGAACUGAACCCAAGGAUCCACACAGUCCCUUGCAGGCAACUGAGAGAGUGAGUGCAUGCUGGCAGUGGGUGGGACCAUAGCCCAAACUGGGCACUGGCAGUCUUUAUCUCUCCUCCUGCUUGCAGCAGGUUGCUUAGGAGGGGCAGGUUGUUAUUGCAAGAGGUCUGAACUCAUUGCUUGCAGAGGACUUUUGAAAAUGGGCUGAGGGUGGCAGUUUGUCCACCACUGCUUAUGGCCAAAGGUCCCUGCAACCCAAUUUCCUGUGCAAAAGCAGUAACAGCACAGAAUCCAGUAGCUUUCAUAUUGCAAGAAGAAUCUGACUGUACAUUUAAGAAUCUAGCCGCCAAAGCCUUGGCUUCUUCUUGAAUGAGCAGCAGAGAGAUAAAUUUUCUGUGCCACCAGCACACUUGGCUUCUUUAAUGGAAAUGUUGAAUAAAAAUAGUGUACGCCUGCGCACACAAUCAAAAAUCUUUAUAUGACUAAGGAGGACUCCCCCUCCCCUCUCCCAACUUUAUGAAACAUGCCACUAUGGUGUAUGAACAACCAUCUUCCAUGAAAAGGAUGAGAGAAGAUGAAUUUCAAGCAGCAGAUGUUGGCCACAUUACAUAGUGUUGUUGGAAGGAACACAAAUAACUAUGGUAAUGAAGGUGGAGGAGAGAAAUGGAAUAGGUUGCAAUAGAAACAAAUGACUAAAAAAGGAAUAUAAAAAUGUUUGUAGCCCAUACCUCUGUAUAUUCUAGAUGUGUGUUAUACGAAGCAAAAAGCUGGGAAAUUGUUAGCAUCCUCAGACAACUACUUCGAAUGUUUCACUCCUAAAUGGAAAUAACUGUAGGGAAUUGUAACAAAAUAAAAGAAUUCCUUCCUUCGAGACCAACUAAGUUUGUUAUUGGUAUGAGCUUUCAUGUGCAUGCACACUUCUUCACACAAAAGCUCAUACCAAUAACAAACUUAGUUGGUCUCUAAGGUGCUACUGGAAGGAUUUUUUUUUAAUUUGACUACGGCAGACCAACAGGGCUACCUAGCUGUAACUAGAAUGUAGGGAAUUGUGUGAAACCAUGACAUACCAUAUUUUAAAGGAAUAUGCACAUGAAAUGUGGACUCAUCACCACAGAUGUGGGUUUCACAUGAUUUCCUACACAGAAGUCUUUUCCUUAUAGGAAAUGGGUGAAAAUCUCAGAAACUCUAAUUCUGGAAUCAUUGUGAUACAGAUUCAAUAUGACUCUUCCUUCAUUGCACCAUUCUUACUUAGGGGUCUUUGAUCGUUUCUGGGCUAAUUUCCUCCUCUGAUGGGCUGCUUACAUGUUCCACUUUCCACACACUCCCUCAUGAGCUACAGACUGGCUGCAUUCACAUGGCAGUGUAUUCCAUUUCCUCGACAUUUCCCUAAGUGUUAAUUUCCACGUUACAUUUGAGCCUUCGCACAACAGCAGUGCCACUUCUGGAAACACAGCAGAAUACAGCACAAGUUUAGUUCACAUUUCCAUAUUAUUUGCAACAGUGGUGUUGAUGAUGUGUGAAGUCUCAAAUAUAAUGUGGAAAGCGUAACAGGGAAAUGGAAUAUGGAAUAAACAGCAAUGUGAGUGUAGCCUGUGAGUCCUCCCCAUUCUAUCCAUGCUAAGAAUCUCAUUCUGUCACAAGUGACAUCUAUUUUUCUCUCCUCCCCCUUUAAAUACAAAAGCUACAGGUGUUCAUGCUUUGGCUGAACCCAGUAAUGGUGGCUAUCUGGACAAAUGCAGCUGUCUGGCUGACAGAGGCAAGCUUGCUAUGAAUAAGUGGAGCAGAUCGAUAGGUAGAACCAGAUCAAUUGAAUUCCAGUUGCAUUUGAUGUAUCGUUGGAGAAUCAUCAGCAAGAAUCAGACCUAUGAAUCUUAACUUACAAAGUGAAAAACCCUUUUGGUGUGUUUGUACUUCCACAUUAUGUGUAGGCUACUAUCUAAUAAAUAUAUUUAAUCUAAUCCUGACCAAGUAGUCUGGUGGAGUGGAGGUAAUAAAUGACAGUGUCGAUCACGCUGAAGGGAAGAGAAAUUUCCAGUGAGAGAUGAUGGGUCUCAAAAAGAAUGGCUGUGGUCCAACAGGAUCCUAGGAAAUCUAAUUUACUCGCUUCUCAGACGCAUGAGUUGGAUUGGUUCCCAGCAAAAUUGUUCAUAUGCAUGAAGGUGUAGUGCCAGAAUAAGCCAUGCAGGCAACAUUUUACACCUAGCAAUAACAUUCCAAUAUGCAUUAUUUUGACACAGCGUGUAUAGCUGGGGCCAUGAACAGUGGACAAACACACAUACAAUCCCAUGGUGAAGAACCUUACGUGCACCAGCUCUGCCUUAUAAACCCCAGAGUACUAAUUAUUUGGUGCUACUGUAUAUUUGCCCAUAAAGCAGGCAUAGGCAAACUCAGCCCUCCAGAUGUUUUGGGACUACAGUUCCCAUCAUCCCUGACCACUGGUCCUGUUAGCUAGGAAUGAUGGGAGUUGUAGUCCCAAAAACAUCUGGAGGGCUGAGUUUGCCUAUGCCUGCCAUAAAGCAUUUUUUGGUGCUUCUUGCAUGACAACUAAUUCUAGCACACCUGGUCUCACAUGACAAAUAACAUCAGAACAUGUGGGAAAAUACAGAUUAUACAAAUUAUAGCAGUGACCUAUUAGCCAAACAGGACACCAGACUAUUUUACGUGCUGUAUUAAUUCAUUCAUAAAGUUUUGCUACAAGUGUUAAAGAACUGUGAUGAGCAGAGAGUGGAAGCAGGAAUUACUGUUUGGCUUGCCUUCACGAGGAUAUCUUAUCUACGACUCCAUACUAAGACUAUCCUUUGCUCCUGCUGGCAUUUUGGGGCUGAGCUGUCUUUGCUCUUGCUGACAAGCCUUUUUGUUAUUUCCAUUAGUAGUCAGAAUGAGGCUGAAUGAAUUGUUACUGGGGCAACGCCGCCACCUGUUUCAUACCCUAGCAUUCAAAAGCUUGUUGUAGGUGGAGGCACCAGGCUGUGCACUGCAGGGGUAUGCCAGAGCAACAUUGACUAAACAUUGACUAUAACAAUGUAGCUCAGGUGUAUUCUGUGUGGCGUUAUAUUGAAACAUUGUGUUUUUGUUAAUGUGCGCAUCUUCAGCUGACUUGGGCCCCAGGUUAUGCCCAAUGGCGCCGGUGAUGUAACAUGAUGUCAUGAUGUUGGACGUCACGUUAUGUCAGCAGCGGUGCUUCCAAGGCCUUGCGAGGUCUCAGAGCUCAGGUCCUUGUGAGACCUUGGAUGCAACUUCUGAUAUAAACCGGAAGUCAUGUUUGGAGGCUGGUAUGGCCUCAGACAUUGCCUCCAAGGCCUCACAGAGUUUUGGAGGUCACAUCUGAGGCCUUGCAAGACCUCUGAUGUCACUUCCAGUUUAUACUGGAAGUCAUGUUUGGAGACCUGGCACAGCCUCAAACGUCUCCAGGGAGGUUGCAUCGAGCUCUGAGGUGUGGGUGCCCUGGUACCCGGGGCCCCCUAGAGUUGGCGCCUAUGGCUUAUAGUAGCACUCAUUUGUAUCUUUAAUUUGUACCAAUUUGUUUGUAAUACUUGAUGGGAUUGACAGAAACUUACAUAUUUAUUUUUGUUAAGUCUGAUUAAUUGGGUGUGAUUGGAUUGCUCUUAUCGCCCAGGUGUCCCAGGCGUAGGAAAUGGCGUUUCUGUGCGCUCUGGCAAUCGUCACGGUGUCCUGUUGUGCCAGAAGCGGUUUAGUCCUGCUGGCCACAUGACCCAGAAAGCUGUCUGUCCACACCGGCUCCCUCGGCCUGAAAGCGAGAUGAGCGCCACAACCCCAUAGUCACCUUUGACUGGACUAUGGGUCCUUUCCCUUUCCCUUUCCCGAAUGUAUUUUUUUAAAAAAAUGAUAUUUAUUAAGGUUUGAAUAAGAGAUUGAACAGAAAAACAUAAACGAAAAAUACACAAUUCAAAAAUGCACAAUACAUAAUCCAAAAAAGAAAGAAAAAAAAGAACAAGAAAAAAAAAUAUAAGGAAAAAAAAGAACAAUUAAAAACAAUAUCACCUUUUCAUUUCCAUCUUUAAAUUUACUUAUUUGCUGGACCUCCUCAUACCUCCCUCUUUUGUAUUCCAGUUCAAAUUGUUUGUCCAGCAAUUUCUUUCCCUCUUUUUUAAUCCCAAUCUUUAAUCUUAAUAUAACAUUAAAAUUUUACCUCUUAAAAGCCAAAUUUCCAUUUCUUUAAACUUCUUUAAUCCUAAUCCUUAAUCUUAGUCUAUCUAUAACUUUAAAUCCUGUACAGCUGGAAACCACUUAUUUUCAAUCCAACAUCACUCUAACAUUCUUUAAUUUUACAGUGUUUCUGUAGGUAAUCUUUGAAUUUCUUCCAAUCUUCCUCCACCGACUCUUCUCCCUGGUCACGGAUUCUACCAGUCAUUUCCGCCAGUUCCAUAUAGUCCAUCAGUUUCAUCUGCCAUUCCUCCAGUGUGGGGAGUUCUUGUGUCUUCCAAUACUUCGCGAUGAGUAUUCUUGCUGCUGUUGUUGCAUACAUAAAGAAAGUUCUAUCCGUUUUUAUCACCAUUUGGCCGACCAUGCCCAGGAGAAAGGCCUCUGGUUUCUUGGGGAAGGUAUAUUUGAAUACCUUUUUUAAUUCAUUAUAUAUCAUUUCCCAGAAAGCCUUAAUCUUUGGGCACGUCCACCAAAGGUGAAAAAAUGUACCUUCAGUUUCUUUACAUUUCCAACAUUUAUUAUCGGGCAAAUGAUAGAUUUUUGCAAGCUUGACUGGGGUUAUGUACUACCUGUAUAUCAUUUUCAUAAUAUUCUCUCUUAGGGCAUUACAUGCCGUAAAUUUCAUACCUGUGGUCCACAACUGUUCCCAGUCAGCGAACAUAAUGUUAUGUCCAACGUCUUGUGUCCAUUUAAUCAUAGCCGAUUUUACCGUUUCAUCCUGAGUGUUCCAUUUCAGCAGCAAGUUAUACAUUCUUGACAAAUUCUUAGUUUUGGGUUCUAACAGUUCAGUUUCUAAUUUUGAUUUUUCCACCUGGAAGCCAAUUUUCUUGUCCAAUUUAAAUGCCUCCAUUAUCUGAAAAUAAUGAAGCCAGUCUCGCACUUUGUUUUUUAGUUACCUUUCCCUUUCCCGAAUGUAGGGCCAUUUAGUGUCAUCUGUCAUUGCAACACAGGGAGCUACAGUACUCAUGAUGGUAGGAAUAAGAAGCCCUGCUAAAAGGGCACAAUGAUCAAUAUACUAUUGGUGUUCCCAUAGAAAUCCCACCAUAAAUCCAAAGCAAAUCUGGGGUUCCUUAUGCAGGACAUUCUGAAGGGAGCCAAAAUAGUUUUUUGAUAGAACUGGCAAAUUCAAAUAUCAAUUUGUGGUAUUCCUAUUUGGAAUAAAGGAGGGAAGUCGUUUGCUUAGGGCAUUAUUAAAAUUGAUCAGAAAUACCUGCAUUUGAAACAAGUUUCUGUUGUUGUUUGUAGUAGGAAAUUGCUUUCCUUUCCAUUCUGAAAGUUCAGUGUAACUUAAAGUUUUCAAACUCCUAACUUAACAGAUGCAAUUCCAAUAAAAAGAUGAUCAACUCACCUUCUCCUAUUAUCUGGGAGCAUUCUUCAUAAAAACGUCCCAGCUCUGGUCUAACCUAAUUCUCGUCUUUGUUCUUAUAACUGUUCUCCCAAACAACUUAUACUUUUGGGUAUAAUUCUGCACCAGCUAAACUAAGAGCAGCAAUGCAUCUAGACUUUUUCUUCUUCUUUCAGUUUAGGUAACUCACCAACAUAAUAAGUACGGAAUUUGUGAAAGUUGUUUCUGAUGAGACCGUUAGCAUUCUGUGAAUAUUUCUGAUGUGCUGGAAAUAAUUUCACUUUAAAAACAGGAACCCUUCUUUCAAGUGAGCCGCUUGCUGGGAGUUUAGUUAAUUAUACUGAGCUUAUCAUGUGGAGAAGAAAAUGUUUAAUGUCAUUUGGAGAUGUGCUUCACAGCUGUAGUGAUUCAGAAGAGACUUGAUCUUCUUGGCACCUGCUGUAUCCAUCAAGCCACUACAAGUUUGAUGGCCUGUUAAAAGGAAAUAAAAAAAGAGGAUCAGAUCCAAUUUUUUCAGUGCAAAUGGAAGAAAAAUGAGUGUGACCUCAGGCUCGGGAUUGAGAUAUUGGCUGCAUAGUGCCCUCUACCUAUUGGGGGCCUGCAUCUUCCAUCAAAGGGACUGAAAGAUGGUACAUCUCAGGCAAAUGGAAGCUCUGUCCGCACAGCCAAAGGAAGCAGACUCCCAAGUCCCCAUGGAUGCUGGCCGUUUCCCCAUCACCACCUCUCCUGACCUUUCAUGCAUUGAAUAUGAAUUGAGAUUCCAACAAAGAUUCUUCCUGCUGAAUAAGAUACUCUGAUUGCACAGAGGUGACAUGGUUGGGGGCAGCAUGUAUUUCUGUGCAGUUUGAGUCCUCAUAGGUUCUUCUGCACAACCAAAAAGGACAUGUACUUGAAAUUACCCACUUCAGACAAGUCAUCCACAUUGUGGGUCCACUGCCAAGUGCUGAUUCUGGUCUUCACCAUGCAGAAGAUGUUACUGUGGACAAUCAGUGUUUGAAUGAGAUCUAAUGCUUCCAGGCAUCUGGGUUUGUUGGUUUGUUUGUUUAAAUCAGUACUGAGCGUUGCAGAGUCUGCAUAAUGUAAUUGACGUAAAAUCUUAACUGGUAACCCCCCCCCAUCCCCAUUUGUAUUUACUCCAGCCAACAUUGCCAAUUGGCAGGGGAAAUAAUGAGUUGUAGUUCAUAAAUAUCCAGAGGACAUCUGGCCCCCUAAGAAAUUUUGCUAGACUUCCCACAUUUGCUUUCCUUAAAAUUCCUUGAAUAUUUCUCCUGAGCAGAAACCUCCAAAUCUGCCUUGCAGUUUCACUUCAGAUAAAAUUCAGUAGCAACUCUAGUCCCAGGUCUUAUUGAUUCUGCCCACUGCCCAAGGAGUGUCUUCACAAUGACUCCUAACAAGGGAACCAGUGCUGGUGAGAAGCAGUGGUGCUCUCAGGGCAAGACAGAAGUCCAGGACCUGACCCAGUGGAAUGAGCAGGAGGACCACCAAACAAAGUAAGGCUGGCUUAUUAUGUUUUGAAUCAGUGCAUAUUUCCAUCUGAAAUGGAGACCGCCUUAAGACCAGGGUGUGAAAUUCCCUGACUGCAACCAUUGGUGAGAGGUGGAUGACCCCCCCCCCCCACAAGUUGACCAGCACCGUGCAUUAAAGCUGUCUCUGUGUUACAGGCAGUGAUGUGCAGACCCCUGCCCAACUGAGAAAUUUGAUAGUUCACUCAAAACUCCCCCCUCCCAAUUACUCCGAUGUUUCUUCUAAGAGGAAACUUGCACAUCAGCCUUGAAAUUUCUCUGUGGGCAAUAUGCAGUGGCAGCUUGAGUCUCAGAUUUGUGGGUUGUCAUCUUCAUCUCUUGGGUGAGAACACUGAACAUUGCAACUAUUUUAGCCUUGCUAGCAGGACAUGGGGAUAUUAAUUUUCUAUAGGGAAGGGUUGUAAUUACACUCCUAUGGAGGAGGGUAAUAAUUCUUGAGUGCGACAAGCAAAAACUCUUGCAAGGAAGGCAUUCUGUAAAAGCUAUAGGAGGCUAGUCGAUGUGAUUUGCCUAGGCAUGAAACAUCCCACGUUGUAGCACAAGUAUUCUGGAUAAUUUGUCUUGGUAUUAAAAGGGAAGAAUCAUGGCUUGUCAUUAAAAAGAGAAAAGCAAACCCUCGGUGGGGUUUUUUUAAUGUGAUGUUAAGACAUUGUAUUAACGAGCAGAGUUUCACUGAGAUAGCAGUCCUAGAUAGUGUGAAAAUGCUUUGUUUCAUAGAACCCCCAAAAGCAGUUGUGUGAGAUGAAAUGCAUAAAAACAUUUUAUGGUGCCCAGGGGAGGACAUCUACAUUUACAAUUACCUCCUAUCUUCACAUUCACAAUGGCACUCCAACCGCCACUGUUGCUGGAGAAGGCAGCUGAAAGCCAGGAAGCUGGAAGUCAUGGCAUCUAUGGACCUGUUUCAGUUAAUAUCUGGUCUGACAAGUGUGACAAGUCAUAACCUCAAUCUGGUGCUUCCUAUGGGAUGGGAUGAGAGUUAUCCAAGGUGACGGCCAUUCCUCCAAUGUCAUUCCCUUGUGAACAGGUUAACCAAAGAUCUGGUCAAGUCUGCAUCCACAGUGAUAACCAACAUCAUGGGGGUUACCUCCAUCCUGUAGGUCAAUCUUAGGUCACCAGGGUGUCUAGUUUGGCCUGCAAGGCCAUUUCCCCCAAAACCACACCAGCGCACCUAUCAGCUGCCAUCACUGGUACAAGCAAUGCUCGUGAAGAGGACAAAGGACUCAAACAAUACAGGGAUCCACCUGCCUUAAAGAGUGUGGAGCAUCUUCAAAGAGCACUUGUGCCAAGGGCUUUAAGGCAGUCCCUGUGCAGAGUCCUUGCAGAGGCUCAGACAGGAGUGCAGGGUCUGUAUUAAAGUGCUUGGCAAAAGUGCUAUUUGAAGCAGGCUCUUCUCCCUUUAAACACUGCCAAGUGAUGCUAAAUGGAGAGGACACUGCUUCAAAGAGUGCUUUUGCAAAAGCCUGUCAGGCAGCAGCCAACCCCCACCCUACAUAAGAUAAGAGAAUAAGAUAUCUUAAAGCCCUUUGCAAACAGCCAAAGGUCUUUGAGGCUGUUGCUGGUUCUCAAGCACCUGACACCCAGCUAACUAUCUGAUAUUCCACACAAGGGAUUUUGAAAGGUUCACAGGGCCACCCACCUGUCAAAUCCCCCCCUCCUCUGGUGAGACUGAUCCUGAUAAGGAUCUGACCCAUGGUGCCAAAAACGGUUCCCUGCCCUUGGUUUAUGAGGAUGUUUUAGUCUCGAAAAAGAUGCUUCUAGUGCAAUAGGAAUGACAAAUAAUUGUGUUCAUACUUUCCAUGCCUUAAAUCACAGGAGUUGUUGCCCAAUUAAAUGUUUGAUCAGACAAGAACAUUAGCAUACUGCCCUGGGUCUUGUGACUCAUAAGCUCCUGUUCUGUGAAGAAAUAAAAAAAUAAGGAAUAAAAUGCCAUCUCAGCCAUAGGAUUUGUUUAUUGAAACCGGGAGGUCACGUUCAGCGGCCGCCUUUUAAAAUUCAUGGUCAUUAACUUAAUUUGGGUGCUCAGAUUUACAGAGCUCAGAUAACCCGACUUCGGUGCUGGAUCUCACUUACACUGUGGAUAGCAGCAAAAGACCGUUGCUCUCUUAUUUUGUGCUAUCCACUGCAUAAUCUGACAGGUGUUAAUGACAAUUUAAAACUCAACUGAUUGGUCUGCUCCAGAUUGAAAAUAGAACAAAGAUCUCCAAUAUUCAUGUUUAAAGAUGAACGUGCUGCCUGCUAGUGAAAAUACCUAGUCAUUAGUCAUUUUGUGCUUGGGGAUUUAUUAGUCAUGGUGCUGUUUCUAAUUAGUUGGAAAUAAUAAUUAGGACAGUUCUCCCCCCUUGCCUAGUACAACUUCCACUUGAGUAUGAAAUAUUGUCUGUUUUUGUCAUAAGACUCUGGCUGGAACUAGAUGUUGUCGCAAACACACAGCUGGUGCCAAAAACCACAACAGCUCCAUGCUUUGUUUUUCCUUUUUCUCUUUUGUAUUGCGUUGUUGGGAAAAUCAAUACGCAGUGUGAUGUCAUAUCAGACUGUGAGUUCUGCCAAUGAAAGCGGGGGGAGAGAAAUCACAGCCUGAUUACAUCACAUCCUGUGUUGAGUAGCCCUAGUCAUAUGGGGAACAGAGAAAAAGGAGGCCUGGAGCAGUUAUUUCCAUUGCCUUGUGCAAAAGCAUGAACUCUAGAGAGGAGGGGAUCAAGUGAGCUAAUCCAAACCUUCCAUCACCAUUCUUUAGUCCCUUGCCACCUCCACUAACCAACCUUUUGGCCCCUGAUACUUGUUUACUGGCCCAUCCUACACUCUGCACGGUAUGAUAUGUUCGUUCAACUCUGCUGUAUAGGCAUGGGGUAAAUAACAAAAUAGGGACGUGGGUGGCGCUGUGGGUUAAACCACAGAGCCUAGGACUUGCCGAUCAGAAGGUCGGCGGUUCAAAUCCUCGUUACGGGGUGAGCUCCCAUUGCUCGGUCCCUGCUCCUGCCAACCUAGCAGUUCGAAAGCACGUCAAAGUGCAAGUAGAUAAAUAGGUACCGUUCCGGCGGGAAGGUAAACAGCAUUUCCGUGCACUGCUCUGGUGCGCCAGAAGCGGCUUAGUCAUGCUGACCACAUGACCUGGAAACUGUAUGCCAGCUUCAUCAGCCAACAAAGCGAGAUGAGCGCCGCAACCCCAGAGUCAGUCACGACUGGACCUAAUGGUCAGGGGUCCCUUUACCUUUACCUAAAUAACAAAAUAUAAGAGCAUAUUUCUCUCUCUCUCUCUCUCACUCACACACACACACACACACACACACACACACACGUAGUUGGCAUCCAUAUGUCCCAGGAGACAAUGAGAAAAUAUUUUAAAGGGGAAGAAAACUCAUUUUAAAACACUUUGAACAAUUACAUGUAAACAAUAGAGGGAAUUAAAACGAGAUAGGAAAUCAUCCUGCUCAGCCUAGUUCAAACUGUUUCUCUACAUAAGCUAAUGCUUGGCAGCUAAUCCAUACCAGCUUUAUUUUAAUAAAUUAAUUCUACUCUCCCACCUCAAGCUUUUGGCAAGCCAGAAGAAUACUGCUUCUGUUUCACUUUCUCAUAAUUUAUUUGGGUUUCCUCACCCGCCCUUCAGCCUUUCAAGUUCAUUCCCACCCUUAAGUAUCAGGUUCUUGGACUGAACUUUUGGCCCUGCAGUGAGUAGUAGCCUCCGAGGAAAAGCAACUGUUCUACAGCCUAGAACAAAAAAAACCCCAAAUGACAUAACAGUUAGAUUCCUUCACAUCUUGUGCUUGUGAUAGUGUCUCAUUCCUGGCUUCGACAGUGCUGAACCAGUCUGUAUCAAAGUCUUAUAUAGGCGUCUUGCAAUUUACUUAACUUGUGCUGUCUCCCUCAGCAUGGAGUUAAUGCAGCUUAAAAGUCCAGUUUCUUGCUACCAAAAGUUAAUAUACAAUGGCUCAUUAAGAAGGAACAUCACUGACAAUGUAACCUGAGAGCAAACUGUAAUAAAGAUAUCCCAGAGGGCAAUGUGUGGUUAAUAGUCUGGCUAGGAGCGAAACCACUAUAAACGUGUGUUUCUUUGGGGAGAAUAAUAACCAGGAAACUUCUUUAAUUUAUGCCAUGAAUUUGUAAACAUUUGACUGCUUCAAGUACCUGUGGCAAGAGUCAAUGUUUAUAUGGAUUAAGGGGGGGGGGAUAUUUGUUUAUUCAGGCAUACAAAUUCUCCAAAUGAAUACUUACCAAUUGCUCAAGCCCAAAUUUGGAUAGUGGAAUUACAGUGGUACCUCAGGUUAAGUACUUAAUUCGUUCCGGAGGUCAGUACUUAACCUGAAACUGUUCUUAACCUGAAGCACCACUUUAGCUAAUGGGGCCUCCCGCUGCUGCCGCACUGCCGGAGCACAAUUUCUGUUCUCAUCCUGAAGCAAAGUUCUUAACCUGAAGCACUAUUUCUGGGUUAAAGGAGUCUUUAACCUGAAGCAUAUGUAACCUGAAGCAUAUGUAACCUCAGGUACCACUGUACUACUACUUGGGUUGGUUACAUGAUACAGCUAAUACUAGCAUUUAACUCUAGUCUGGGCAUCCAGCUCGUGUGUGUGUGUGUGUGUGUGUGUGUGUGUGUGCAAAAAAAAAUCUGAGGACCCUGACAUCUGGAGUUGUUUCCUAAAGCAGUUGGAAGAUGAGACCAUCACAGAGGUUUAUUAGAAUAACAUGUAGAUGAGGAUUAGGGCAUGAAGCCUUUCUAUUAAUUCUCCUCCUAACCUCAGUAUACUGUAGUUUGCUUCACUGAACUCGGUUAUCAAUUAUUCAUUUGCUACUUUUUUCCAUAUCUGAUUAGCAUGCCUUGAAUUAUUCUGAGGAGAGGGAAAAGCAUAUUUGAAAACCUCUUUGUUCACUAACUCAGCAUAAUAGGACACUAAGUUAAAAGGAAACAAAAUCUCAAAUGUGAAGCACAAAAUUGGCUUCUAGAAAAUUGCUACCCAUGGAUAACAUGCCCAGUUCAUGUGACCAACUGAGCACAGUGAAGGGUGAGAUGGGGGGUUCCAACCCGGAUGUCCAGUACAGUAGAACCAGUGUGGUGUAGUGGUUAAGAGCGAUAGACUCGUAAUCUGGGGAACCGGGUUCGUGUCUCCGCUCCACCACAUGCAGCUGCUGGGUGACCUUGGGCCAGUCACACUUCUCUGAAGUCUUUCAGCCCCACUCACCUCACAGAGUGUUUGUUGUGGGGGAGGAAGGGAAAGGAGAAUGUUAGCCGCUUUGAGACUCCUGAAGGGGAGUGAUAAAGCGGGAUAUCAAAUCCAAGCUCUUCUUCUUCUACUACUUACAAACGCCUCAGAUUGCAAACGCUUCAGGUUACAAACUCCGCUAACCUGGAAGAGUUACCUUGAGUUGUGAACUUUGCUUCAGGAUGAGAACGGAAAUCGUGUGCUAGCGGCGCAGCGGCAGCAAGAGGCCCCAUUAGCGAAAGCACGCCUCUAGUUAAGAACAGUUUCAGGUUAAGAAAGCACCUCUGGAACGAAUUAAGUUCAUAACUAGAGGUACCACUGUAAUUUGUCUGGCAAAGCAGUGUUCCCAGUCAUGCUGACAGAGACUGCACACUGCUUGUAUGCACUUAGUCCUUUACAGGUGAGCCAAUGAAUGUGCGCAGGCAAUGCUGUCAUUGUGAUCCAACUUCCUUGUCCUCUGUGCAUUCACUGUACAGUGGUACCUUGGUUCUCAAACGCCUUGGUACUCAAACGCCUUGGUUUCCAAAUGCUGAAAACAUGGAAGUGAGUGUUCCGGUUUUUGAACGUUUUUCGGAAGCCGAACGUCCGAUGCGGCUGUCAGCUAUUGUUUCCGGGGCGCCUGCACCAAUCAGAAGCAGCGCCUUGAUUUUCGAACAUUUUGGAAGUCAAACAUACUUCCGGAAUGGAUUAAGUUUGGGGCUUUUGUUUUUGCUAUUUAUUUUGCGUUUUUGUUUUUGAGGCUUUUUCAGUUAAUUUGUUUUUGUGACUGUGUGGAACCCAGUUCAGCUACAAUGACUAUCAUCAGUGCAGGUAAUAUUUUUUUUACUUUUUAUGUUCUACAACACUGUCAUAUUUAUUUUAUAGUACGGUACAUUGAUUAUUGCUUUCAUUUUAUGGAUCAAUGGUCUCGGCAGAUAGUAAAAUUCAUGUUAAAUUGCUGUUUUAGGGGUUGUUUAUAAAACUCUGGAAUGGAUUAAUCUGUUUUGCAUUACUUCCUAUGGGAAAGCGCCCCUUGGUUUUGGAACGCUUUGGUUGUGGAAUGGACUUCCGGAACAGAUUAAGUUUGAGAACCAAGGUACCACUGUACCCAGUUUUGCCCCACAAGGUACAAGAAACAGCGAAAAGUGGUUGUGUGUGGAACCUGUGCUUCCCCAAAUGAGGUUUAAGAGGUGAAGUGCUGCCUUGAUUUGGUCCCCUUUAGAAUUACAUUUUGUAAUGUUUGCAUUUAUUUACAUAUAUACAUGUUGAGUAUAGGUGGAGGUUCACGGAUUCACAACCUGAAAUCUAACAGAAUUCCAACUUGCCUCUCUUAUCUUCACUCUGUCCUCCCUGAAAACCACAAGCUACAGGGUGAGUCUUUUAAAAGAGGCCCCAUGGAACAUGUGUACUCUGUAUCCACAGGGCCUCUUUUAAAGGACUCACCCUGUACUUGCCAUCCCUCAACUGAAGACUCAGCUACACAGCUGCAAAUAAAACGUUUUACGUGUGUUUUAAAUUCAAUAUACAACUUGGCACUAGGUGGCGAUGGUGAGCCUCAUGGAAAAUUCAAUGUGUUUUUAAAAACGCUUUUAAAAGAAGAAUUUCAGAACUUUUUUUAAUAUGUGUGUAGAUUCCACCUAUGUCUAGCCUCAUCAACUUCAGGUUGAUAACCAUUCAGUUAAUCCAAGCAAAAUAAUAGACUGUUCUAGGCAAAACCCUUUUUCUUAGGGUUGUAUUCAUCUAACAUAUACCCAGAGUAAAACCAUAAAAAUUAAUAGAUUUAAGUCAGUCAUGGUCAUUAAUUUUAAUAAGUCCAUAUCAUCCAACAUCCCACUGAUCAAAAUCAGUCCUGAGCUCUCAUGGGAGCAAAAAAACGAGCAUCUUUUGGUCUGGUGCUCUGAGACAACUUCUGUAAUUCCAGGAUGUCCCACUGAAAUUGGAACUGUUGAGGGGUAUGUGAGUCUACUCUAAGAAAAAGUUGAUUGAACGUUGGAGAGAGACUGAGUUGAGAAAUAAGACCAAGGGUACAUAUUGAUAUAGGAAUGUAUUAGAUAAAAUGUAAAGAAAUAUACAAUAAUAAGGAAUAUACAAUGGGAUAGACAGGAAGUCCAAAGUGUUGGUAUAUAUAUAUGAUUUUGGAAUAGUUUUUUGCCCUUGUUUUUUUUCUUUUCUUUUAGUAUAUAAACUUUGUAUACAUGUUGAAAAUUAUAGUAUAAUAAGUCUUGUGAUGUAAUAUGAUAAUGUUUACCGAUGUAACAUAAGAACUUGAAUAAAUAAAUAAAAUUCAAAAAAAGGGGGGGGAAUUGAUUGAAAACAACCCUUGCACCCCUGUUCCCAUUAUGGCUGGAUCCUUUACAAUCAGAGUUACUAAACUGGAAGGGACUAAAACAAAAGUGAUUUAGUCUAAACUACGAUCCCAUUAAAAAUACAGUGGGCAAUAGCCAAGGCUAUCUCUAGAUAGAUGUGAGGAUCGUGGGGGCUCAAAAACUGUGGUUGUUGGCUGUGAAACUCACUACAUCUCUGCGGCAGCUUGCAGCAGGAGGCCUGAUCCCUGCUGUGAUGCACUGGCACAACUGUGAGUAUCUAACGGAUGGGAAAACAGGGGUCAGCCUGGCAGGGAUCAGGUGACACAAGGAACAAAUAAGGUCCCAUCUGGCCCUAUGAAGCUGACUCCUCCGUCUGACUAAUGCGUCUCAGGUGCAGACUAAACUGCUCUCACAUCACAGUAUAUCCCUGAUUACCAGCCUGUUCACUGUCUACCAAACCAUUAGCUCGCUUUCAGGCCACCAGCGCUGUCAGUAUAGACUGAGGCUGUAUAUCUUGGAUUAUCAGAUGCUGGCCACAAACCACUGGGCAUGGCUACUAGAGGUGUGCAGAAGAUUCCUGCAAAUCCAGGAUAACAAGCCAAGGUGGACUGCCUCCGCUUGAUUUGGGGCUGUGGGUUAAACCACAGAGCCUAGGACUUGCCGAUCAGAAGGUCGGUGGUUCAAAUCCCCGCGAUGGGGUGAGCUCCCGUUGCUCAGCCCCUGCUCCUGCCAACCUAGCAGUUCAAAAGUACAUCAAAGUGCAAGUAGAUAAAUAGGUACCACUCCGGCAGGAAGGCAUUUCCGUGCGCUGCUCUGGUUUGCCAGAAGCGGCUUAGUCAUAACCCGGAAGCUGUACGCUGGCUCCCUCGGCCAAUAAAGCGAGAUGAGCGCCGCAACCCCAGAGUCGGCCACGACUGGACCUAAUGGUCAGGGGUCCCUUUACCUUUACAAGGCAAGCACAAGUCAAAACAAGAAACCCCUGUGAGCUUUUGUGGCCACCUGCAAUCCAGACACUUUUGUAAAAGGCUGCAGACAAGCAUCUGUAAAACACAAAUCUUGGUUCUUAAGGUUAACCAUGAAAGCUUCCGUGUGGGGGAGUAGCAACUUUGCUAAACGGAAGCACCCAUCUUUAGCAUAAGGAAAACACCAGGAUCAGAAGGUCAGAAGACAGGUAUAGUUUGCAAUCAAAGGGAAUGGUCUUCCCAGCCAUGCUUCUGCAGUCCUUUGACUGGAGAAGCCAGGGAUUGAAUCCAGGGCUUGCUGUAUACAAAGCAUGUGCUCUGCUCAGGGCUGUAGGAAGGGGGGUGCGGUCCACCCGGGUGUCAUCCUUGAGGGGGGGUGACAAAAUGCCACACCGUGGGGGGCUGCACUUACCACGGGGCCAGGCCUGCAGCGUGCCUGAGCCACGCGUCUCUCCUGGGAGUGACGCAGUGGCUCAGGGCUCCGCGCUGCCUGAAACGGCAGCGUGGGGCUUGCGUCCCCCAGGCGAACUCCAUAGGCAGCUCGCCGCGCCACCCCCCUGGGUGGAACGCUGCGCUGCCCCUCUUGGCGGAUCUCCGUGGCGCCCCGUAUGUGGAUCUCCAUGGCGCCCCCGUGCACAGAUUACCGCAGUGCCCCCUUGUGGCACCCCCAUGCACGGGUCACUGAGGCACCCCCGAGGGCGGCUCGCCAUUCCCCCGCCACUCCUGGUACCAGAGCAGCUAGCUAUGCCACUGGGUCUGCUAAUGAACUAUGGCCACAUAGUGCUGCUGGUUUUAUUAUUGAUAAUAAUAUGUUGAAUAUUUAUUGGAAAAAGGAUAGGGAGAUGUGACUGAGCCCUUGCUCUUCUCACCUCAGAUAUAAUACUGGUUUCAAAUGAUUAAGUGAUCUAGAUUAAUACAGUAUUUUGUGUUCCCUGGAAAGCAAAUCACAUGCAAUCAAUAUUGCUAGCUUCAUCUUUAGUUUAACCUCCCACUCCGGGUGCCAGAGCAGCUAGCUACGCCCCUGGCUCUGCUAAUGAACUAUGGCCACAACCCACAAAGCACUGCAGUGGCAGCACUGUAUGUGUGUUGUCCCCUACAGCAAGGAGGGUGGGCCAGGUUUGCUGAUUGGCUCCUCCUGACACGACUCAUUCCCCAUCCCGCCCUUCACUUGCCAGAGCAGGCAUCUACAAGAAAUGCCUGCGUUUGGGGUUUUUUGGCCAUUUAAAAUCGAGGGUCUGUUUCUACUGGCGUUCAAAACAUUAAGCAUAAAUUGGCACUCGCUGAAGCAUCCUCGAGGCAUAGACGUGAGCAGCAGACAAUGAAGGCCUGUUUCUAAAUGACUAGUUGGAGGAUUAGCUCCCCGCCACCCCCGCCCCAGUAAUGCAGAAUGCUGAUUUUGUGGCUAUAGUGAUGAGAUUUACUAAUAUGCAUUUGUCAUUAAUUCAAUCAUACUCAUUAUCUCGUUCGUUCAAAGGAACAGCAGAGAGACUCUCAAAAGCCUUGUGGGUGGUUCAAAAUCCCCCUGGCGAACCUGCAUCCAAGAGUGCCCUACUUUUGCUCAAGAUAUGGCACAGGCACCCUCCUCAUUUAGACUUCACAUACUUUUUUUAUUAUUAUUAUUAAUUUGCAGUCUACACAGCAGUCAUAUUCUGAAGCUGAACUUUCCCGGCAAUGAUUCUCCCUUAUUCAUUCAAUUACAAAGAGUUUUAUGUGGGCAGCUCACCAUUCCCUGCGUUCCAGAAAUGGAACUGCAGACAGGAUCAUGUUUUAAAUGAGGGGUCUCACCAUGGACAGCGAGAACAGACUUGGGUUUCAGCCCUAACCACCUUUACCUGGGAGUAAAUCCCACUGAAUCCAGUAGGAGUUACUUUGGAGCAGCUCUUUGAGCACCCAUCCAACAUAUACUGCUUUGUGUAAAUAAAUGCUUACCAUUCAUCUCCAUGGGGGAUGGAUAAAUCACUAAGGAGCAAGUGAUGAGGGUUAGAAAAAGAAGAAAAUUACCUGCUCACCAUCUCAUUGAUUACUGGGGAUAUUGCUAUUGUAAAGGGUGGAGCAAAGGACAUGAUCAGGCAUGCUUGUACUUUUGCGUGGGGUGAGUGGGGUCUGGAGAAGUCAGAAGUCUGUAUUCCAGCCUUCUCUUUCUCAACAAAUUAGCAACAGCAGCACACACUAUAACAAUAAUAAAUAUAAGGUGUACAGGUAUGUAAAGCAUCACAUUCCCAUCUCAGUAAUCUGUGCGAUCACUUUGCAAUUUAUAUUUAUACAUGCCUACAUGAUUCUCAGUGUAGCAUCACUCAGGUAGUUAGAAGGCAAGUUAUUUUCACACUUUCAAAAACAGAACUGCCAGCAACACAUUUGGUCAUUACACUGUCUAUUAUUUUUAUUUUACUUAAAAACAGCUUAAUAGUUUAGAAAACUCUUUGAACAUCUUGAUUUCCAUUAGUUUGGUAGUGUUGCUUUGCCAUGUAAAGUUAUAUUCACAUCUACCUGCAGUUUCCUCCCACCCUCCUCUUUUGCCCAUUUACAGAGUGGGAUAUGAUGGGAUGUAGUGGGAAAUGAGGAAGGAAAGAUAGUGGGAUAAUGGGGAUGGGAGAGGCUGGGAUGAGGGAUAGUAACAGAUUGGAAAGAUGUGGUGCUAAAUAGAAAUUGCAUUCAACAAUGCAGUUUGCUAAUGUAUCAAACAAAAAGAAUAAACACUGAAAAUAAAAAACGUUCAAGAUGUAGGGUUGACUUUACAGAUUAUUUCUACAGUAUUGCCUUUCUUUGCAUCACUCUUCAUAUAAUGUUCAGGGUAGUUUUCUAGCUCUCUGAUAAUCCUUUAAAAAGACAUGAAAACUUAAUUUAUUUUGUGGAAGUGCAAUUCUACCCCAAUAAAAACCAUUGUGUGAAUAAAAGACUACUCCCACAGUUAGUGAAUCCAUAAUGCUAUUCCUUUUGGAAAGUCAAACACCCUGAUCUAGCCAUCAGUUCAAGAAAGGAAUGAAUGAAUGAAUGAAUCUUUAUUUGCGUCAGCCAUCGGCCAUAGCAAUAAAACAACAAUACGAUAUACAAAGAAUAGAAAUAAAAAGUCAAUUAUAUAAAAUAUAUUUUAGGGUUUUGAAUCAAUAGUCAAAUAGUGGAUCUUAUUCUGAUUGCCCCAGCUAAAAACCUUGCAACCUUUGCUGUCACCUGCUCAUCUUGAUCAGCCAAGAGAAAGGACACUAUGGCAGUGGCUGGGCGACCUGGAAUGGACAAUAAAAGAGGGGUGAUAACUUCAUUCCUCAGGUCUUUAUAAAGAGUGCAAGCCAGAAGGACAUGCGCCACUGAUUUGGUACUGCCAUCUCCACAGGGACAUAAACGUUUUCCAUGUGGAAUCUGUUGGAAUUGUCCCUCAAGAACAGCCGAGGGCAAUACAUGCAAUCUUGCAAGAUUAAAAGUGAGUCCAUAGUUUAGACGCCAUCAUUCCAAGAUAUGGGAACCUGCACAGAACUGCCUUGGAAUAAUAGAAUUUUUGAACUGGAAGGGACUUCGAAGGUCACCUAUUUAUUUGUUUCAUUUAUUUAUAUGCUACUUUAUACUUAAGACAUUCUUUAAAGGAUCCAACCCUCUACUCAAUGAAGGAUCUACAAUGCAGGAUGCAAUUGCAGUACAGUGGCCCUGAUCUCUUCUUGGGUCACUCAUUUCGGUGGAAGAAGCAGAUCAAUGCAAUCAUUUCUUUGUGUAUGGAGAUCCAUGUUAUCCAUUGGUAAAGGUUGAACCAUUUUGUAACAGACUUACACACAGAGAGAGAGAUUUCUGGAUUGGGCAGUACUCUGUUGAAACUAAGAAGCAGCAAUAAUAUAUGUUUACAAAAUAUUAGGAUUCCCCCCCCCUCCGAAAUAACUAUGCUUAGCUUAGGCUUAUAAUGGUUUUCUCUCCAUGCUAUAUGUGCAUUCUGCGCAUUAAUUAAUGCUCACUAUUGUCUGUCUGUCAAGAUAUGCUCAUCACUGCUAUGGUUACCACUUUCAGUUUGGGUGCACUUUGUUUGACUUCAAGCCUCCAGCAAUUGCUUGAAAAUUUAUUGGAAUGAGUAAUGGAGAUUGCAAACUUUAGCACUGGAGGAAUAUUUAAAGUCUGCACUCAUUUGAUUCAAAUAGAGAGAAAAUUACUUCUAGGCAUUCUUUGACCUUUGAGGGGAUCAUCUGAAUGAAUUUGCAGACACGCUCAAGCUGUUGCCCAUUUCCCCCCCCUUGCGUGUAUUUGCAAAACAGCAAUUUAUACUUUAUCCAACUGAAGGGUAAGUAAUAAAUGGACAUGCAAUUGUUUUCACUCUGCAGCUCCUUCCUUUUUUCCAUCUUGAUAAGAGUAUGCAGAUAAUAAUUCAACAGAAUUAUAUUGAGUCUAGCAGUAAUGUACUUGCGAACAACUAAUUUACUUGCUAACUGUCCUCAUUUGGGGACAUCAUAAUAAUGUCCAAGAUUCAAAGAUAAGCAUGUGCAUGCCAAGAGGGGUGUUUGAUUUGUUUUCAUUGAAUGCUAAACUAAUCCCCAACCAAUAUUGUUGUUGUUUAGUCGUUUAGUUGUGUCUGACUCUUCGUGACUCCAUGGACCAGAGCACACCAGGCACUCCUGUCUUCCAUUGCCUCCCGCAGUUUGGUCAAACUCAUGCUGGUAGCUUCGAGAACACUAUCCAGCCAUCUCGUCCUCUGUCGUCCCCUUCUCCUUGUGCCCUCCAUCUUUCCCAACAUCAGGGUCUUUUCCAGGGAGUCUUCUCUUCUCAUGAGGUGGCCAAAGUAUUGGAGCCUCAGCUUCAGGGUCUGUCCUUCCAGUGAGCACUCAGGGCUGAUUUCCUUAAGAAUGGAUAGGUUUGAUCUUCUUGCAGUCCAUGGGACUCUCAAGAGUCUCCUCCAGCACCAUAUUUCAAAAGCAUCAAUUCUUCGGCGAUCAGCCUUCUUUAUGGUCCAGCUCUCACUUCCAUACAUCACUACUGGGAAAACCAUAGCUUUAACUAUAUGGACCUUUGUUGGCAAGGUGAUGUCUCUGCUUUUUAAGAUGCUGUCUAGGUUUGUCAUUGCUUUUCUCCCAAGAAGCAGGCGUCUUUUAAUUUCAUGGCUGCUGUCACCAUCUGCAGUGAUCAUGGAGCCCAAGAAAGUAAAAUCUCACCACCCAUAUAGCCAACUACUUUUGAAUGCCACCCCCAUUUCAAAAGCAGUUUACCAUUUGGAGUAAGAGGACAGCUGUUUUAGAAACACAAAUCCACAGCCCUGUUGGAAGUGUGGAACUAUCUGCCUGGGUCUUUGGACCCUCUCCUAUGAAUCCAUUAAAAUACUUUUUGGAAGUGAGAACUAGGCAGACUUGAACACGCAGCUGAUAUAACUUUGUACUUUCCAUAUGGAAGCUUCUGGCUUGAUAACGAUUGCCAUUGCCAGCCUGGAGAGCCAUUCAGGUGAUGAUUUGGAUCUCUGAGGGAAGAAUGCGAGAUAAUCCUUCUAACAUGAUUGAAUGUCCUAGAGCAAUUUGAGCAAAGUGCUCAGCAUGCCACAGCUUAAAGUAGGAUGCUGGAAGGCUGUGGGGCUGUAGUGCAAGAAAAAAAGAUGUGGCCAUAUGAUGGAAACGGGCAAAAUUAAAUGUAGGAUUUCAUUCCACGAACAAAAGUGUAUGCUGCCUAUUAUGGUACUUUAGUAUAGGAAAACCUGGAAUAACUUAAUAACGAAAUAGAUUAAUCAGCAGUCUGGAAAGAACAAAUUUCAUCCGUUGAUUUUUUUUUUACAUACAUAAAAGCUACAAUUACCUUCUGAUUACCUUGCAACAAUCUAAAUUUGUUAAUAGCAUUAUAUAUACAUUAUCUUCAUUUUUAAAACAAUUUCUACCUUGUUUUAGUCUGUGUGAUAUCAAGUUUGUAUUUAAAAGUGUAAAAAUCUAUAAGGUGUAAAUAUUAAAAAAUUGGGGAUUUUUUUAAAAGAAGGGUAUAUCGCUGCAUAGCAGGUGUCAUAUGCACCUCAAUGAAGAACAGCAUCUUUUACCCCUUCUAUGCAUAUAUAAAAAAUGAGAAUACAACUGUGUAAGAACUGAUACCUGGAUUUGUUUGUUUUCCUCUUUCCUCCCCAUCCCACUUCCUUUUUUGUAUUGCAUAUAUAAGAAUAGAACACUAUUUUAAAUUGUAAACCACCUUGGAUGAAUUAGCAGAAACAUGGGUCAUAAAUGUAGUACAUACCUUAAAAGUAAGGAUGUGUAUUUGAUUCAAAAGAAUCCAGAGCCCAAGCAGGGCACCUCAGAAAGAGUUGUGGCUUGUCUGGGGUAAAGUGGGAUCAGCAGAAGGUGGCCGGAGUUGAAGGAAAGAUUUUAUCAUAUAUAGAAUAAUACCAGGGUGGGGUGAUGGGGGAAAGGAGAACUCCAUUGCGAUUGACAGGCAAGUUUGUAUUCCGGGUGAAUUAUGAAUUAUUAUACCUGGAAACCAAAUCCCUUUUGGCUCGUCUCAUUCACAAAUCAACUUUAAAAGGUAUCUAGCGCAAAAGCCCCUGAGUCUCUUUAACUGCAGUUCAGUGGAUUUCUUAGCUAUGAGUGCUUCUGUCUUGCCUGAACUUUUCAGACUCAUUGCUCACAGAAUGCUGGUGGAGAUUACCCACCCCAAAACAACAAUGGCUGCCCUCGCAGAAAAAUACUUCCGUUAUCCACUGGAAAUUUGGCAUGGUCCAUGUCCUCAGAAGGGGUGACCUUGCCUACAAAUUUCAUUCAAUUCUGCUUCAGAAUAAAACAAAUAUUGUUAACAUUUCCUUAAAAAUAAUAAUUUAAAUUUGAAACUACACAACACAAAACCCCCUGAACAUAUUUGCCUAGAAUUUGGCAGGUUGUAUCUACUCUUGAGGGACUAGCUUGCUUGCAAAUUUUACUCACUUGUGUCAAAAGAAAAUCGUUACAGAUUUUUAAUAAAAUUCUUUUUAAAAAAUUAUCAGAAGUUUUAAAGGAAAACAUGCAUGAGUAAGCCCCAUAUAAAUUAUAUUGGGAGUUGCUGUUACAGACCUGUGGUACUCUAGUUCUGCUAAUUUCACUAAAAUGCACAGUGUUUAAUUAUACAACUUCACUGUGAUCAAGUUGACUGAUUUUUAGGAAAAUGAAGAUAGUUGGGCUAGGAAUGAACAGUUAAAUGUAUUUUUGAACACAUUUUUUUGUUUCAUUGUGACCCUAACUGCUGCUAUUUCAAUGCUUUUGCAUAUUUAUUUUAUGCAACACUGAUUGUUGAAUAUUUCAUUCUUCACACUGCUAAGUUCCAUUAUUUUCCCUCUCCCAACCUUUCAUUGAACUACCAUUAGCAUGGAUAAAGCAGAUGAUGAAGAUGACGAAGACCUAACUGUGAACAAAACAUGGGUACUUGCUCCAAAGAUUCACGAAGGAGAUGUCACUCAUAUACUGAACUCUUUACUCCAGGGCUAUGAUAAUAAACUCCGACCAGAUAUUGGAGGUAAGUGGUAUUAAAAUUUCAGUUUUAAAAGAAUAUAUAUUGAAUACAUCUUGGCAACAGCUGUUUUUGUUCUUGACAUAUCUUGGCAGCAUACUGGAUCAGGCCUCUAAUUCUGGGAUAAUUGUGCUCCGAGCCCCAAAACGCAUCCCCCAUGGAAAUACAGUGGAGACAGAAUUUAGUUUAAAUGUUAAUGGGCAAAUUUUGGCCACAACUUUAUUAAAUACACAAAUGUGACUGGUAUUGACUUAGGCAUUGGUAUCAAAACUAUAAUUGGCUCCUGCCCCACCCUAGCAGGAAGCCUGGAAGGGUAAACUACCAGCAGGGGGAGCGCCAUCAAUGUAUAUUGACUGGUGCUCACCCCUGGGGUUCCCGGGGGUCCUGGCAUGGCCCUAGCCCCUCUCCAGGCUUCAGAUGAGAUCCAGACCCCCGGAUUCCUUUAACGGAAUACCCUAUUAAUUGGAGGGGCAGGUGAUGGCUGCACCUCCCCCCCCCCACAUUCCCCUAAACCAAUGCCUAACCGCCAAACCUUACAAAGUUGUGACGAUUGCUAAGAGGUAGGCAAAAACCAAGUGGCCACAACCAAUCUGCCACAUUGGACAAAAUUCCUACCCGGCUCCCGUUCCAAAACAGGCGACCAACCAAAGUCCAAAGCAAGGCCAAACACGACCUAAUUAACGGGUGGGUGGGCAGGUGUUCGGCAGCGCGAAGCAAAAGGAGGUCCCAACGUUGCGCUGCCAAAUAAAUAUCCCCAACCCCCAACCUUGCCACACUGCUGAUUGGCUAAAGGCCAUUGGCUUAACUGUGGCACCACCGGCUUGGAGUGGGGCAAGCCCCGCCCACAAGCCAAUUGGGGGAAGAGUUCCAGGGCCGAGCACAACAUGGGUCCUCUGUUAGGAGAAUCUAACUUAUCACAAAGUGUCUGUUUAAUGUAAUGCAUGUAAGACCCGCUAGUGGAACACUCAUUAUCCAAAAUGUCAGUUAUCCAAACAAAAACAAUUAUACCCAAACCUCACUACAACAACUGAGGGUUCAGAUAUCUGAACAGCUGGGAUUUGCCCACUUCCUUACUUGUUUGUGCUUUGCUGGUCAGCGGCAGCCAUAUUGGGCCGAAACCAUGGAGGGAGAAGGAGAGUUUGGACAAAUCGGUCUUUGCUUUGUUUGCCUUUUGCUGGUUGACUGCAGCAGUUUCUGGCAGCAACCAGGGCCGGGAGGGAGAUGCAACAAAUUAGAAAUGUUCCCAUAGGAAAUAGUGGAAACCCUCAGCGCAUUAUGUGAACACUUGCCUAAUGAACAAUUUCUUGGGAAUGCAUUGCGUUUGGAAAGUCGGACCUGUGUGCCUAUUAAAAGCAGAGAUUCAAUAUACUGAUUUUAUUGUAAAGUUACUCCUGGCUUUUCUACAACCGCCAUAGUCCAGAUAAAAAGACAAACAAAUCACUAAACUCUUCCAUGCUGAAAGUUCCUCUUUUGAUUGCACUUCUUUAAUUGCUUAAUGGAUCAUAGUCACAUUUCUAUCCUAUCUUGCACAAAGGGAAAGCAACCUGAAGCCACACACCUACCCCCCCCCCCAAUUGCAGCAAUGAACUCUGUUUACAUACGAUACCUGAAAAAUACCGUAUUUUUCGCUCUAUAACACGCACCCAACCAUAACACGCACGUAGUUUUUAGAGGAGGAAAAUCCGUAGGCAUGCCACCCAUAGGCAUUCCCUCCAUAACACGCACAGACAUUUCCCCUUACUUUCUAGGAGGAAAAAAGUGAGUGUUAUGGUGCAAAAAAUACGGUAAUGAAGGUCUGCUUUCAAAGUGAGGAACCACCUUUCUUAUGGCACAAGGAGAUAGGCUCAAAUGACAACUGUUGCUCAUUAGCUAUUGAGGUUAUCUGGAGAUGACAUUGAUUACAUUGCUACCCACCCCAUUUUGUUAGAUUUGGGGUGGGCUGUGAAAUGUGUAUUAUAGUUUUUAAAGUUUAUGUGUAUGACCCAGGUGGCUCCCGGGCAGAGAGAAAUUCACAAUUAAAUGAAUUAUUGCUCAGGCAGACAAGGACAGGGGAGUGGGCUGGUGAAGAUGUUUUCUUUGAAGUUAAGUUUGAAAAUACUCUGCAACAUAACAAUUAAGUUCUGAGUCACUGUUCUUUCAUAUAAGUGAUUGAUUUUGUGCCCGGUGUAGUGUAUUGAUCAAGAGUCUAGCUGAAGAGAUAUUAAUAAACCUGAGUUGUGCUUUGGUCGGGAUACAAUUACGAGGGCUGAAGAAGCUAAUGGAUUUUCUAAACCUAUCUUUGCUAAGAGCAUAUUUGAGAGGAAAGAAUUGGUUUUGUGUUUUCAAUGUAUUAAUUUGCAGGCUGCAUAAUUAGUGGUGUAUUUGAUUGGUUUUACCCAUUUGUUACUUUUAUGCAUUAAUCAUAAUUUGGAGUAUGAAUGCUUGCCAUCCGCUCCCCGUGCCCCAGCUUUAAAAGCUUAAAAAACCCUUUUCCCCCAAUGUUUUAAUAUGAUCCAUGUUAAUAAACAAUAUUUUAUGUCAACUAAGGUUGCAAUCCUACAGUACUUACCUAGGAAUAAGACCCAUUCAAUUCAAUGGGACGUCUGUGUACAUUGGGUCUGAACAUAAAUAGAAGAGCAAAGUUUUAGAUGAGGUGUUCCACCGAAGCAUGAUGCUUAUAUUAAGAACAUUUUUUAGUUGAUAAAUUACAGGUGUUUGGCCUGAUCUACCCCCUCCCAAAUGUGCAGAGCAGUAGGCAAGCAACUCUGUGUUUUCAGGAGGAAGUGCUGAUUGGCACUGAAUAGUGCCAAUCCUUUCUCUUCUUCCUCUGCCAACCUUCUGCAGGGAUUCUGCUGAUAUGCCAGCAAAACCUCUGCCUAGCUGGCUACAUUAUAUAGCAGGGAACCCUUCCAUGUACCACAUAUGGGCAUUCAACAGCUGUUUUCUCUAUGUGCUCCUCUAAUGUUCCAUGUUGGAGUACAUAGGGAACUCCCUUAUACUAUCAGACUAUUGGUCCAUGUAGCCUUUUACACCCUUGUGCAAAUUAAUUGAAACAAACAAUGUAGUUUAUUCUACAAAACUCACAUAUACAUGUACAAAACUCACAUAUACCGUACGUACAUUAGUAACGGAUAUGACCUCCGCUAUUUUUAAGCAGCAUUUGAACACGGUUUGGCAUGGAGUCUACUAGUUUUGAACAGUCACUGUUGAUUUUCGGAUCCCUGUACCACACUUGAAUCCGCGCCUGAAUGAGCUUCUCCGUAGUCGUACAGUCUACAGCACGGAGGCGACUUUUGCAUAUAGUCCACAAAUUCUCAAUGGGAUUUAAGUCCAGGGAAUUCCCUGGCCAAUCAAUUACCUCUAUUUGCUGCUCUGUCAUGAAUCUCUUUAUCGCUUUCAGUGUGUGACAGGGGGCUAGGUCCUGGUGCAAUAUCCCAGGACCAUCAGGAUACCUCUUUUCCAGCUCUGGAAUAACUCUCUUUCGUAGAACCUCACUAUAUUGUGGCGAGCGCAUCAUACCUUCUACUGGCUGCAGGCUUCUGACACCAUAAUGAUCAACUCACUUUUUUGUGUUUGUUUUGAGUACAGGAUUGAAACAUGCUUUGUUUCAAUUAAUUUGCACAAGGGUGUAUUGUCUAUUCUGAGUGACACCUGUUUCUCAGGGUCCUAGGUGCAUCAUCAUUUACCUGUUCCAUUGUAACCUGGAGUUAUGGGGUACUGAACUUGGUACCUUGGGCUUGCAGAGCUUGAGCUCCCAUAGAAUAGCUUGCUGUGGGCCUGGAGAGUAGUGGGCAACUGGAUGCCAGUUUGAGGUGUGGAAUGGUACCCCAUUGUUAAAAAUGGCCAGGCAUGUUGCAGUGUGCUCAGCAUAGUAGCAUAGCAUACCACCUGAAGGUCAGUACCAAGCUGUGUACAAUGCCCAUGAAGCUGUGUGUCCACAGAAAGGGAUGCAUUAGGAAGACUAAUGGUGUGGUCUUCUAUUGAUUCACAAAAAAAUUACAUUACUCGACAACAAAGGAAGCACCGCAUUUCACAUGGAAUUAUGCUUACUGUUUUGUUUAGUGAGAACUACAGUAAUUGAAACUGAUGUCUAUGUUAACAGCAUUGGUCCGGUCGAUCCAAUUAAUAUGGUAAGUUUAUAGUUACAAUAGAACUUCCAAGGUAAGAUUAUUUUUUGAUAUCCAUCUGCUUUCCAAUGCCUCUCACACUAUCAAGAGAUAAGAUAACCUUGUGCUUUUGAAAAGCAACUAUUAUUUUGACUGAGAUAGCUGAGACAUCAAGUAUUCUUUAGAAGCUACUUUUGUUAUCAAGGAAAAUCUAGCCGAAUUAAGAGUCAUAGAAGACAAAGGCAACAUUUGAAAUAGAACUACACUAACCUUAUUCAAUGACUCCCUUUUACUUCGUAUCCUCCUGACAAUCUGUAAAUGACUGCUUGGCAGAUCAAAACUAAAUUAGGCGAAAAUGGAAUAUGAUCUAAGUAUAUUUAAAUACCAACAAAUACUGUUUAGGUACUUAUGCUGUUAAAAUAUGCAAGGUAGGAAAACUUGCAUGCUGCUGAAGCUUUAGUAAGGUAGCUUUUGACUUCCAAUUUGGGACUGAGGCAGUUUUGAUUGUAGGAGGGUGACCAACAUUCUGAUCAUACUGUGUUUUAGAACCCUGAUUUGCUAGGAUUCUAAAAUAUGCAAAAGAGCACCCUCUAAUUUGCGGAGGGUGAUCAGAAGGGUCACUGUGACCCCACUUUACAUGUUUGUUUAACACUAAUAUAGAAUGUGUAAAGAGGGCUUUCAUCUUCGUGAAUUCUGAUAUAGACUGUACUGAGAUUCACGACUUCUGGACUAAAACGCCAAUUCAAACAUUGCUAUCAAUCAGAUUUUUCACUUCUCUGAAUGUUGUAGUGCAAUUGCUGCUGCUGCUGGUUUAAAAAUAUCAAAAUGUAAUUUAAAAUGUGUAUUUUGAGAUAUAAUACUUUCAGAUAUGUUAUUUAGAUGUGAAUUUUCAUGAAGAUUUUUUUAAAAUUGAAGAUUAAUGCAAAAAUGGAACACAAGUCAUCAAAUGGUGGCAUUUGUCCAUACCUAGUAAUGAUCUCCUCUAAGCACAGCUCUGGACAGCUCUGUGUUCUCUCUCUCUCUCUCUCUCUCUCUCUCUCUCUCUCUGUGUGUGUGUGUACCUUUUCAGAGCUUCUGAUCUUGUAGCUACACUGACUUCCAAUAGCCAUAGGAAGAAAACCUAUGGAUCUUGCAUAAUGCCUUUGACACCCCUAAAUAAUUAUUUAAGAGACCCUCUCAGGUAAAACCCUCAGUACUGAAUAGCAACCAUGGCUCAGAAAGCUGUGUUUGUAGUAAACCACCCUGAGAGGAGCUAUUCAGAUUGAGAGUGUUUAGAAAUUUUAAAAUAAAGAAAGAAAAGGGUGGGGUGGGGGGAAGAAACCCUGUCACAAACUGGAUUGAUUUUUGUCAAGGUGUUAAGUGUCUGCCUAUUUCUCUUUGCUUCAACAAUCUAUAUGCAGCAAACUUUUACGAGAAUUCAUUGAGUUUGUUUCCAUGUUUUUGGCUGCAUAGUUAUUCAGCAAGGUGAUUGUGUUAGCAUUCAGGGAUUGAUGCCAAACACCGUAGUUCACAGCUUACAUUUUCAAAACAUUCAAAAUAGAUGAUAAUUUCCAGGUAAGAGUUUUGUUUGUUAAAAUAUUUUGAUAACUUUGCAUAACACUUAGCUGUAAGUGGGAAUAGUUAGUGCUAAAAGAUUAAUUACUUCAACAAAUUACCAUAAGACCUUGAAAUAAUUUUUAGAUUCAUUUCUGGGUUUUUGCCAACUUUUGCAAUUGGCUUGUUUUGAAAAGCUACCCCAAAUAUUUACCCCAAAGCCUUCCGAGCUCUCUUUCACACCAUUUUUCCAGGUCAGUUAGGAUCACAAUUUUAUUCUACAUUCAUCAUUACUCAAUAUAUCUUCUCCCUUGAAUCAUCUAUUUUAUGCUGUUGUUUCUCAUUGUUGUCUUUUCCACGGUAUAAUAUUGUAUCAUUAUUCAGAGGCAUCUCAUUUUCAGGAUUUAAGGGGGAAUGUUGUGGAAGACAGAGUCCAGGGAAAGGGACAAAUUUGAUGGGUGGUAGAGUGACCACUAGGGGGACGCGGGUGGUGCUGUGGUCUAAACCACAGAGCCUAGGGCUUGCCAAUUGGAAGGUCGCCGGUUCAAAUCCCUGCGACGGGGUGAGCUCCCGUUUCUCGGUCCCAGCUCCUGCCAACCUAGCAGUUCAAAAGCACGUCAGAGUGCAAGUAGAUAAAUAGGUACCGCUCCGGUGGGAAGGUAAACAGGGUUUUCGUGUGCUGCUCUGGUUUGCCAGAAGUGGCUUAGUCAUGCUGGCCACAUGACCUGGAAAAACUGUCUGAGGACAAAUGCCGGCUCCCUCGGCCAGUAAAGCGAGAUGAGCGCCGCAACCCCAGAGUCGUCCGCGACUGGACCUAAUGGUCAGGGGUCCCUUUACUUAGAGUUAGCACUAGAUGCCUUUUUUAAAAAAGGUAUUUAUCAGCAUUCAUGAUACUUAUCCCAGGGUGGCUUACAGUGCAAUUUAAAACAAAACAAUAAGAUGUACAACAAACCAAUUAGAGUGCCCAGAGGAAAGGCAUAAAUGAGGAGGCCCAGGCCAGAGAGAACAUAUGGUUCAGCUCCUGAUAACAGCAGAUUGAGAGGACUCUGUUGCUAUAUAUUUGAUACCAUUUUUAAAUUGGGUGCCUUAGCAAAAAGGCAAUAUAAAUGCAAUCUAGCAAUCAAAGUAAUCAAUAACACAAUUAGUACACUACUCAGUGGGUUGCCCAUGUAACAUUAGUCCGAGUCCGAGUAGACCCACUGAAAUUAAUGAACCUGACAAACAUGACAAUGGGUCAUGGGAAUUAAUGGGAAAUUAAUUGGCAGCCGGGUUGGCAUUGUAUGCGCAAACCAUCUUGUGAGCAACCUGGAGGCUGAAUUCUGUGCCAGCUGAAGUUUCCAAACUGCCUUCAGAGGCAGCCAGCCCUACGUAUAACCUAGAAGUUACUAGAGCAUAGAUGACAGAAGUUCCAUUGAAUUCAAUGAAACUUUUUUCCAGGUAAGGGUAUACAGGAUUGCACCUGAUAGCAAAUCCCUGUGCAAAAUUAUGUACUGUAAGAAAGUUUACCACAACUCCCUCAAACAUUUUAGUUUGUCAUAAAUGUGUGAGUCUUAGGCAAUCAGCACCUUUAAAAGGUAAAGGGACCCCUGACCAUUAGGUCCAGUCGUGGCCGACUCUGGGGUUGCGGCGCUCAUCUCGCUUUAUUGGCCAAGGGAGCUGGGGUUUGUCCGCAGAUAGCUUCUGGGUCAUGUGGCCAGCAUGACUAAGCCACUUCUGGCGAACCAGAGCAGCGCACGGAAACGCCGUUUACCUUCCCGCCAGAGCGGUACCUAUUUAUCUACUUGCACUUUGACGUGCUUUCGAACUGCUAGGUUGGCAGGAGCAGGAACCGAGCAACAGGAGCUCACCCAGGCGCGGGAAUUCGAUCCGCCGACCUUCUGAUUGGCAAGUCCUAGGCUCUGUGGUUUAACCCACAGCGCCACCCACGUCCCUAAUCAGCACCUUUAUAUUUUACCAAAAGCAAAAGGUGCAGUAUCUAGGGAAGAGGUAGCCCUCCAAAUAUUAUGAAUCACAAUUCCCAGUAGCCCCAGCCAAGAUGGCCAAUUGUCAGGGAUAAUAGGAGUUGCAGUCUAACAACAAGCUGAAGGGCGCUACAGUGUUGGCUACCCCUGACCUAAAGUAACAUGACUACUCAGAAGCAUGGAGUGGGCGUCAUGCUUUUAGUUCUACCCUGAUGUCACCUCUUUGUAUUUCAACAAUCAUGUCAUUUGUGUGGAUGUAUCUAAAGAAAGCCCAGAGCAAGUCUUUCUCCUUAAGAGUAAAGGCUCCAUGCGAUCAGGACACCUGAGGAGGACUGGUGGGAGUUGCAACCCAAAAUAUUUGGAGGAUACCAGGUUUGAGGAAGGCUUGUCUACACAAUCAUGUACUACCUGUGAAUGGGGCUUUAGCACUGUAUCUUUUUCAUUUAAAAAAACCCACCCCAAUAUCUUGCAAAACUGAUGUUUUUGUGAACUCUAUUAAUAAAAUGACAGGGUAGUACAGCAUCUUUAUCCUGUAGGUGACUGAGGUGCCACUGAAGGUCAUUGUAAUUUAUGUCUAAUGAGGUCUGCCCGUGAUAAUCACAACAUGAGAUACUUGUAGGUCUUGGUUUCUUAUCACUUCCUAAAUUAGACACCUCUUCAUAGAAAUACCCUUAAUUUAAACUUGGUAUAAAAUUGUGCUUCAUUGGUAGCAAUUAACUUGAAUUGCUUGUGAGCUACUUCAGGAUGCUCACUCCAGAACUGGAAUUCUUGGGGCUUUGGCAUGGGAUCUCCAGUGGGGACCCCCCUCUCCUUAACCUUGGAUCUUUUUCAUGCUCCCGCUGUCCUCUUUGAGGGCUCCAGUCUUAGUGAGAGUGGCAGUGCCUGAUGUUGCUAUUUUGUUGUCCCUAGAGCUGGCUCUACAUAGAGAGAAGUAAAGUCUAGACCAGGCAUGGCCAAACUUGGCCCUCCAGAUGUUUUGGGACUACAACUCCCAUCAUCCCUAGCUAACAGGGCCAGUGGUCAGGGAUGAUGGGAGUUGUAGUCCCAAAACAUCUGGAGGGCCAAGUUUGGCCAUGCCUGGUUUAGGGACAGGAAAAUAAUUUGGUCUUCUUUUUGCAGUGGCUCAUUCCAAAAAAUGCUUCUGGAUCGAACCACAAGUCCCAUUCCAGUCAUGCACUUCUUUGGGUUUUACGAUUCUUUUUCACUGUGCAAAAAGUGUGCACAAAAAUACCUAUUUUAUGUAAAAGCUGUGUGAAGAAAUGCAUAUGGAUAGCUGCAUUGGAAAGUGUAUAUUUUAUGUAAAAACUGUGGGUUUUACAUAAAAGAUUGAUCACAAAAUUCUUGCAGUGGCACACAGCAGGACGGAAUGGAAUGGAACGGAACAGAGUUAUGGUUGGGUGCCAGCAAGAGUGAAAGGAAACAGUAUUAGCUGCUAAGCCCCAUCCCUAGUAAAGACUUCAACAAGUCUAAGUGACUGUGCUCUGUGUGGAUCAAGGAGGUGGGCUUCAGACGCAAUAAAUUCUAGUGCUGUCACUCAACAGAGUUUGUUUACUUGGUGUUUACAGCACAGCCUGCCUCCUAAAUCAUGCUUAUGUGCUCAAGGUUGGAGAUGCAAGAAUGGAAAAAUAAUGAAGAGAACAGUCAGUCCAUUCCAGCAUGUGUGGCUUGUUUACUUUACAUAAUGUCCUUCAUUAUGCUGCAAGGUAGUGGGAGAGAAAUGUUUUUGUGUGUGAAGAUUUCAAGAGUUGCAAUGUGUGCCUAUGUAUUGUACAUAGAUACACCUACAACAAGUUAGUCCAAUACACUUCUAAGGCCAUUGAAAAACCUGUCACAUCUUAGCCCUCUUCAGGCAUUCCAGUGAGGUCCAUGUAAACACUUGAGGCAGUGAGGAAGAGUAUGCUAGCUCCAUCUCUUUCUUCUCUGUCCCCAUCUCCUUCCAACUUGUGGAAAGUGAAGGCUUUCUGUGCUCAUGGAGACUUCCUGUUUUAGGACCCUGGAAAACUGACUGGCCAGCUGGUCAUUACAGACAAGGGCUGCAUCCGGCCUCCCACCGCAGAGACUUUGUAAGCCCUCCAGGGCAACAGCAAAACCUACCACCUGCUUCUGCUCCCCCCACAGGCACGAUGGAUGACUACCUUACCUAGGCAGGCAUCAACAUCCACCUGUUACCACAGUCACUCACCCUGAAUGUAGGCUUGCUCCAUCUGUCUGAUGAAGUGGCUCAGCAGGCAAGGAGCUGUAUGCAUGUGGCAAUAGAAAGGGCGUAGGCACAUACCUACAGGACCUACCCCCAACCUCUGGUGGUGGUGGUGACCAGCUCCCCUUCCACCCUGAUGCUGUGCAUCAGGUAAGUUCAAAGGUGACAACAAAGAAUCAGGUGAGCCAGUCAAUGAUGGCUCUGCUAAACUUGGGUCUGUGAGAGGGGAUGGAAAUCUGCUCCCUUAACCUAUGUUCUGCCAUAGUGAAAUGGGUGGGGAAAACAUUGGUGCAUUGUGGGUUAUUUAUUUGAAAAGUUCCCCUUGAAGUCAGAAAGUAUGAAAUUUCUUGUACUAUGUCUGCAUCUGUUCUACAGUUUUGUCAUUGACAAAUGUAUUGUUUGGAUUUGAUAUCCCGCUUUAUCACUACCCUACGGAGUCUCAAAGCGGCUAACAGUCUCCUUUCCCUUCCUCCUCCACAACAAACACUCUGUGAGGUGAGUGAGGCUGAGAGACUUCAGAGAAGUGUGACUAGCCGAAGGUAACCCAGCAGAUGCAUGUGGAGGAGCAGGGAAGCAAACCCGGUUCACCAGAUUACGAGUCCACCGCUCUUAACCACUACACCACACUGGCUCCCUUGUCGUGGACAGAAGUGGCAUAGUUUGUUUAUGAUUCUCCGCUGUGCUGCUCCAAAUUCUAUCCUCCUCAGCUUGGUCCCAAUUUAGCAUUCCUGCUUGCCUAUCUGUGCCAGCAGAACUGCUCCGCAAUGUGUUCCAGCAGCAUAUCUGAGGUUCCCCACCAUUGUAUCCAUCAUGGCAGCGACAUAUCGCACCCCUCAACCUGCAGACCUGCGGUGUGGGAUCGUGCCCCAAAAUCUUAAAAAAUAACAUAUUUUGUUUCUGUGUGGCUGCUGCUGCCGCUGCCUUCUCACAGAAGCAAACCACUUUUCCAGAGCAAUAUAAAAAUAAACACAACAGCAUUUGUUAUAUAAAUGUGCAUAACUGCCUGCUCAACACAUUUGACACGACUCAUAAUAAUAAAGCAUUGAAGCGAUACAGCUUGUAUUUUCUACCUGGCAACUUCAGGACAUAUUCCAGGUUCAGCUGAACCAGAAAGUAGGUGCAUUAGCUGUAUGUGGAGGAUUCCUAAAGACAAAAUAAAGUCUUGUCUCACACCUGCCCACCUGCCUGUUGUUGUUUAGUUGUUUAGUCGUGUCCGACUCUUGCCCUGGACCAGAGCACACCAGACACUCCUGUCUUCCACUGCCUCCCGCAGUUUGGUCAAACUCAUGCUGGUAGCUUCAAGAACACUGUCCAACCAUCUCGUCCUCUGUCGUCCCCUUCUCCUUGUGCCCUCCAUCUUUCCCAACAUCAGGGUCAUUUCCAGGGUCUUCUCAUGAGGUGGCCAAAAUAUUGGAGCCUCAGCUUCAGGAUCUGUCCUUCCAGGGAGCACUCAGGGCUGAUUUCCUUAAGUAUGGAGAGGUUUGAUCUUCUUGCAGUCCAUGGGACUCUCAAGAGUCUCCUCCACCAUAAUUCAAAAGCAUCAAUUCUUCGGUGAUCAGCCUUUAUGGUCCAGCUCUCACUUCCACAAAGACAACAGGCCCACCUGCCUAGGGCUAUAUUAGUGCCCAAGCACUGAAGGACCAUGGCAGGUUCAUGUGUACCUCUCAUAUUCCCUUCUAGCAAUCUUCCAGAUGUUGAUGAGUAACUUGCAUGAUGCAGACACACAGAAGACUGGGUGGGUAUAUGGGAGAUGCUCACAGCUGUUUCAUUCUUGGUGUGGCCAUGUUCUGCAUGUGUAGGUGGGGUGAAGAGGAAUGGGGAAAACAAGGAUCAGUUCAGACCCAUGGGAAUCCAUGCAGGGAAGAUGAACCCUCCCACCCACAUACUACAUGGCUGCCAUAGUGCAUUUGGUAUCACUUCCCUAGGAACUCAAAAUGCUUUUUAUUUGUAUUGUAUAAAGGGCAUGGUGGCAUUUAUCAGAGUAAACAUCAUAAGAUGAUACAAUGUUUGCUUAUUCUGGGCAGCACAGCAAUUUAUUCAGAUGAAUACGUUACCUUUGUCAUGAGAUUAAAAUUAAUAGAAACUCAAUUACUGACCAGUAGAGGCUCUGCAAGAUGAAGUGGCCAAUUUGUAAAGUCUAAUGCUCCAUUAAGGAAUAGAGAAAGAUAUUGGGAGGAAAUGCAUGCCUUGGUCAGGAGGAGUAAUUUCCCUCCUACUGAUAAGCAUGGCAGUCUUUUUAAUGUGAUGGAUCUGAAUGCUGUUGGGAGAAGAAUAAAUAGAAUGAGGUUGUCUGGAUGUCUUAUUACAGUUUAUGUGGGAGAUGAAAAACAGUGUCUGGAUAUGAAAUCAAAAGAGAAUGUUAUACGAGUAAGGAUUUCUGCCCAAAGUCUGAUGAAUCAGUACCCACACCUGCAAUUAUGGUAUGGCACACAGAGCAUUGGUGCAGAUGUUUGGGUCAGAUGUUAGAUGGUUGCUGCCAAACCGCAGGGAAAGAGAGGCAAACUAGAAAACGUGAACACUCUCUGCCCAUUUAUGUGCUAACGGCUUUGUAAACCUCUACUGCAUGGAAUGAUGGCUCUUGCAGGUGCACAUAAUCUGUUCCAACCCAUUUCAUCUGAUGGACUGAUUUCUCAUCUGUGUCACUUUCAUAUGUCAUUCGCUCACAUCGUUCCCAUUUCUCCUGCUUUAGAAUACAUAUUUAAAGAAAUGCAUUUGCUCCCAUGAAAUAUACUCAGAGUCGAGUAGUGACUUCAUGCUCUUUAUUUCAGCUCAUAGGAUCAGUGAUUGAUUCCCCCCCCCCCCAAACCUCAGGCUUUAUAUACAUUAUUUACACAAAGGGUCCCAUGUGAUUGGCUGACUCUGCUUCUCUCCUGGAGCCUGGUUGGUCUGCUCCUGCAGGCCAAUCAGGUUGUUGCAUUCCAGAAUCCUACCGACCUGAUAGGCUGAUUAACUUCCUCCUGGGGCCUGAUUGGUCUGCUCCUGCAGGCCAAUCAGGUUGUUGCAUUCUAGGAUCCUAGCUACCUAUUGUUCUAGCAUCCAAGCUCAGUACAUAACAUCCCAACACACACAUUUUGCACAUUGUUAAAUGCAUUUUUGAUAUACUUUGCAUUUGAACAUUCAGGAAGUGGAAAAGCCAAUGAACAGCUAAGCAGGGGCCGAGUUAGGGCAGCACAAUUAGUUCUAUGCAGGGCAUAACGACUUUGACAUCAUGAAUUGAGAAGAAUGGAAGGCAAGAGGAGGGUGGCACCAAAUUUUGGCUUCGCACAGGGUCUGACCCUGUGCUAAGUUCUCAUCCAGGCAGGAGAUGCAGAUCAGGUUGUUUCAUAUCAGAAUUUGUAAAGGUCAAAUUGACUAGCACCCCUACUACAUUGGAAUGAUCUUCUUCUUCAGCUCUUGAAGUUUGUGCCACAUCACCCAAGCCUUGUAGGACAGGGGGGGUCAUCCAUGGAGAAGUUUGCUACAGUCAGGUUGCUUGAUAGGUAUCAUCCAAAUGUAAAGGUGACUGAUGUGCCUUUUAAAAAGAAAAUUCACGGUGUGAAAAUUAGGAAUGCAGUGUGAGAGAUGUAGUGAACAGGUGGGUAUUAUUUUUUUAAAAAAGGAUAUCAUUUGUAGUAAACAACCCUACAGUUUUCUAAAGAAGCAGCCUUUCUUCAUGUUAGGCUCAUACAGGCAUCCUUCUUAUACUACAGUGGUCCCUCGCGUUAAGUACUUAAUUCGUUCCGGAGGUCCGUACUUAACCUGAAACUGCUCUUAACCUGAAGCACCACUUUCGCUAAUGGGGCCUCCUGCUGCCACCGCACCGCCGGAGCACAAUUUCUGUUCUCAACCUGAAGCAAAGUUCUUAACCUGAAGCACUAUUUCUGGGUUAGCGGAGUAUGUAACCUGAAGCGUAUGUAACCUGAAGCGUAUGUAACCUGAGGUACCACUGUAUUAGGAAACUUGCCCUUAACAACACAUAUUUGUGAAUUGCCCUGACAAACAUGUAAAAGCCAGUUAUUAAAUUAUUUUAUACAAUUGACGGUCAUUCAGUCACGGGGAAUAGUGUAGACUCAAAGAUGUUGUGUUUACUGUGUGUCUUUAGACUCACAGAAAAGCACACUGCAACCCAAGGAGCCAUUAAAAUAUACUACCUUUCUUGCCAGUGUGGUAUUUUGCUAUUUCUUAUUAUUCAAGUGUCUUGCCUUUCAUUUCAACUAUUGUCAUGAAGCUAAGCCAGAAACCCAAGUGGUACAUGCCUUUCUCCACGAUACUUCAUUCCUUUCCCCCUCAUCACUGGCUUUGUAGCAUACACAACCAUUGGUUGGCAUUCUGUGGCCACUGAGUGCAUAGAAGAAGAAGAAGAAGAGUUUGGACUUGACAUCCCGCCUUUCACUCCCCUUCAGGAGUCUCAAAGCGGCUAACAUUCUCCUUUCCCUUCCUCCCCCACAACAAACACUCUGUGAGGUGAGUGGGGCUGAGAGACUUCAAAGAAGUGUGACUGGCCCAAGGUCACCCAUAGCCAUUGCUGGGCUGUUUUCGGGGUUCCCCCUCUCAGUUUUUUGCUAACUAGUUUGUGCUUCUGAAUACUUUGGGGCUUCCCUGCUGACAUCUCCUUGCUCAUAGGAGGAACUUCAGCAAAGGCAGUUCUAUCCAUUGUCAGGCACAUAGAAAACUUAUUUGAAUCAAAGCUCAGGAACUGGGCUAAGAUACAGGCCAUGGAAGUCAUAAUUAUAUUGAAAAAGGCUGCAGAACAAUGGAAAAAGUCGCGUGAAAGUCUCCGGAAUUGGAACGCAAAAAUAAAGGUGAUUUGGCAGUCAAAGCAGACUUCUCAGUGAAAUCUAAAUGACUGAUGUUCCUCCUUUGAUCUGCUCCUACUGUAUUAAAAAUAUUAAUCCAACUUCUUGAAAGAGGAACAAUGUGACCAUGUCACACCACAGGAAUUCAUCAGUUUACAGACAUAGAAUGCAGGCAGGGUUACUGGAAUUAGAUGCCUAAAGUUAGAAGCUAGAUCUGUAAUUGAAUGAAGCUGAUUUUCAAGAGUUUGGCACCCAGCCGCUUUCACUAAAAAAAAUAAAAAAUGUUGGCAAUUGUGAUUAGAGAGGCUCCACAGUGUGUGCUACUUAGCUCAGUUUCCUCAUGUAGAAACCAGAUUACCUAAUUAGAACUAAAUUCAGAGGGUGAAAUCCUACGUUUGUGGCAUACAGACAGCUCAAUGUUUGCUGUUGACGCCAGCCAUCUCAGGGCCUCUUCACACCUUACAGAUUUGAGGUGUACACCAACAAUCUUUAAUGUGUACCCCUGAAUGUGCAAAGUGUAAAUGAAAUAUACCUAUAUUUGCAAACGUGCUUCAUAUGGGUACACAACCAAGGAGCUCUGAUUGACUGCAGCUCCUUCUUAACAGUUUGUUGCAGAUGAUUACAGGAGGUCAUUGGCCCUGACAUUUUAUUUCCUGUUUAUCUCUUAUUGUACUGCAUGUGUGGUAGCGAAGCCUCACUGCUAGAAGUUCAUGCGUUGGCCUGGGAUGAAGGAGCCAGACAUGGAAUUGCAUGUAAAUACCGUAAUUCCGUAGUAUGUCUACGGCCAUACUACCCUGAACACGCCCGAUCUUGUCUGAUCUCGGAAGCUAAGCAGGGUCAGGCCUGGUUAGUACUUGGAUGGGAAUACCGGGUGCCAUAGGCUAUUUUUUUUGACACGGGUGGCGCUGUGGGUUAAACCACAGAGCCUAGGACUUGCCGAUCAGAAGGUUGGUGGUUUGAAUCCCUGUGACGGGGUGAGCUCCCGUUGCUCGGUCCCUGCUCCUGCCAACCUAGCAGUUUGAAAGCACGUCAAAGUGCAAGUAGAUAAAUAGGUACCUCUCCGGCAGGAAGGUAAAUGGCGUUUCCUUGCACUGCUCUGGUUCGCCAGAAGCGGCUUAGUCAUGCUGGCCACAUGACCCGGAAGCUAUACGCCGGCUUCCUCGGCCAGUAAAGCGAGAUGAGCGCCGCAACCCCAGAGUUGGCCACGACUGGACCUAAUGGUCAGGGGUCCCUUUACCUUUACCUUUAACUCCAUAGCCUUCUCUGCUCAUGGAAGCUGAUCAUCCGUGGUUCUAAAUCACACACAAGCUCCCUGCUGCAGACAUAACCCCUCAGAAAUGUGAGAAGGGUGAUGGAUCCAAGCAAUGUGAAUGUGAUGGAAGGUGGCAGUGAGCUUUCUCCUGCUAUUAUUAUUAUUAUUAUUAUUUACUAUUUAUUGAAUUUAUAUACUGCCCUAUACCCGGAGGUCUCAGGGCAGUUCACAUAAAAAGAUCCCAGUAUAUAAAAUAAAAAUAAAAACAAUAACCCAGUAAUACAUGCCCCCAAAAGAGCCAGAUUUUAAAAGGGUAUGGGAUGUUGAUCAGGUCAACCAAAGGCCUGGUUAAAAAGGAAUGUUUUUGCCUGGCACCUAAAGGUGUGUAAUGAAGGCUCCAGGCAAAUUUCCCUGGGGAGAGCAUUCCACACUGCAGGGCCACUGCAGAGAAGGCCCUGUUCUCAUGUUGCCACCCUCUGGACCUCUCAAGGAGAAGGCACACAAAGAAGGGCCUCAGAAGAUGAUCUCAGGGUCUGGGUAGGUUCGUACGGAAAGAGGCAGUCCUUAGCCUGCUAUCUCCCUCCUGUGCUUCAAAUGGCAUAGAGGGGUGAAAACCAGAAAACCCAAACCCUAUUGUUUCUUUGAUCAGAAGUAGGGAUAGACGAAUCUUACCAAUUUCAGUUUCUCAUUUUCCCCAUCUGAAAAUAUUUUCUCCACAUUUCCACAGCAAUUCAUGUUGUUUUUUAAAAAGACCUCAUUGAUAUUUGUCAGCAGCUUAGUGUGAAUUUAUCCUAAAAUGCACAAUGGUGCCUCCUUGAGAGAUGCCGGAACUGAGUUCCAGUGAGUUCUGGCUGAAAGAAAGCCCUGCUUAUAUGUAGGACACUUUAGUUGGAUACAGUGGUGCCUCGCAAGACGAAAUUAAUCCGUUCCACGAGUCUCUUCGUCUUGCGGUUUUUUCGUCUUGCGAAGCACGGCUAUUAGCGGCUUAGCGGCUAUUAGCGGCUUAGCGGCUAUUAACGGCUUAGCGGCUUUAAGAAAAGGAAACAAACUCGCAAGAACUCGCAAGACGUUUCGUCUUGCAAAGCAAGCCCAUAGGGAAAUUCGUCUUGCGGAACGACUCAAAAAACGCAAAACCCUUUCGUCUAGCGAGUUUUUCGUCUUGCGAGGCAUUCGUCUUGCGGGGCACCACUGUACUACCCAUAGGAUCUGAACCUAAACCAUGGGUAGGCAAACUAAGGCCCGGGGGCCGGAUCCAGCCCAAUCGCCUUCUAAAUCCAGCCCACGGAUGGUCCGGGAAUCAGCGUGUUUUUACAUGAGUAGUAUGUGUCCUUUUACUUAAAAUGCAUCUUUGGGUUAUUUGUGGGGCAUAGGAAUUCUUUCAUAUUUCUUUUUCAAAAUAUAGUCUGGCCCUCCACAAGGUCUGAGGGACAGUCGACCAGCCCCCUGCUGAAAAGGUUUGCUGACCCCUGUCCUAGACUGAUUCCAGUGUUUUUACUACCCAAUUUGAUACCUUAUGCUGAAAUUAUUCUCCCUCUCCUUUUCCAGGAGUACACCAUUGACAUCAUUUUUGCCCAGACUUGGUAUGACAGUCGCUUGAAAUUUAACAGCACCAUGAAAGUACUUAUGCUAAAUAGCAAUAUGGUUGGAAAAAUUUGGAUUCCAGACACUUUCUUCCGGAACUCAAGAAAAUCAGAUGCCCAUUGGAUCACAACUCCAAAUCGCCUGCUUCGCAUUUGGAGUGAUGGACGUGUUUUAUAUACCCUAAGGUAGAGUUGUUAACCACCCACUGAGAAUUUUCGGUUCUCUCCGCUGUUGUUUCCUGUUAAUUGCUAAUUUUGCAUAUUGCUUUGGAAAAUUUAAAGUUACAGGAUUUGCAGCCUAACCCUACUCAUGUGUACUCAGAAGCAAGUAAUUCAGAAAGAAUUGCAGCAGCAGAGAGUGCCAUGAGGGGGGGGUGAAACUUAAUUUUUGCAAAUUUCUUCAGCGAGGGGUCUUAAAAUAUUUGUUUUGGGUGGGGGGGUGAGGAAUUCAAAUCUGCUAUUAUUUUUGUUAUUGCACAACAUUCAGCUUGGAAAGUCUAUCUUUGAUGAAGAAGCACAUAAACUGCUUUUGGAAAACCGAAGAAUUUUAAUUUUGCCUUCUGAAAAUUAGCUGCCGCUAAUAAUAAUAAUAAUAAUAAUAAUAAUAAUAAUAAUAAACUGCAAGUAUUUGGCAAUUAUUUUUAAUUAUUUCCAUGCAAUUUUACACACAUCUUACUUAUCAAACAAAACUUAAUUCUAUUAAUUUAACCAAAAUAUCUUUUGAAUUCCCAAAUCAUGUCUACAGAGCAAGCUUCUGUAGCUGCAAAUAAAGAAAAGGAGCACUCUUCCUUGUCCUUCAGGAGAGAGGGACAAGAACCCGUAGCUCUCCCACCAGACAUCAGCCCAGGCCAAUAUGGCUAAUAGCCACAGAUGAUGGGAUUUGUAGUUCAGCAAGGGGCCAGAGGCUCCCCACCCCUGGGUUUUAGGGUUUUCAGUCCUGGUCGACAAAACUGCACCUAACAUGCAGCUUUCAUUAAGUCAGCAGACAAGCUGGUAAAUUGAGUUCUUAAAUUGAGCACGUAGCCCCAUGGUUUCCAACUGCAUUUUUGUGCACAGGGGACUUGCCCAAGGUGAGAGCAUUCUGGAAAACAAAGCAAAGUUCAGAUGUGAGCGAGUGUAGUAGCAGUAAAAGGAUCUGACAACCCUUUGGGCUGUUUGGCUCCCCAAGAAUCUCUGGCACCCUCCCUUUCUCUAUGGCAUUCUGUCCAUGGAAGGCUGGAGGGAAGAGCUGGCAAUUCUCAAACCUGCUUCCUUUGUUGUCAGGCCGAUAAUUUGCUUAUUUUGCUCCCCUAAGGCCAGCCAGUUGCUGUACCUUGUGCUGCCAAACUGAGAGACAUUCCUGUUCUAAUGUUUCAUUGGUAUAAAAGAGUGUACUUUGCAAAACACAGACUGGGAGUUAAGGGAGAAAUAAGGAGAGUUGCUGACUGGGCCGCUACAAAUAACAAACACACAGACAAUUUUAAACUCCGAAUUUAAAGGCCUUCCCUGAGGGGUUGGAAUGGGUUUUUUAAAUGGUAAUGCAUUAGCAGCUAGUUGCUAUGAGAAGAGUAGGUUGCACUCACCUCAGUCAUAGCCCAUUCUCUCUCCAUCAGGGAGUAAUGUAACCCAUUCCCCCCUCAAUAUAAAUAACUCAGUGCCUCUGUCUGUCACUGCUUGUUUACCCCAGUGUCCUUUCUGGCCAGAAAAGAACUGAUCUGUUGCGUGUGCAUUCCCUGUUGUUUGUCCCCGCCAUUCUUUCCUUGUGUGCUGGUCCCGUGGGUUUCCGUGAGGCGAGGUCGAGGGUGCAGUAUUGAGGCUCUCUGUCAAAGCUGAAGCUAGGUCCAAGGCAGGGAGUCGGGCGACUUCAGGAGAUCCGGCAGGACAGGGUUCAGGCAGGAACUGGCUACCAACAACGUUGCUCCCGCAACUUGGGACUGGGGCUGGCUGGCUUUUAUCUGCCCCGAGGCAUAGGGCGGCCCCAGUCCACAGGUGAUUCGCCUCUCCUGGCCUGGAGGUGAGCACUCCUCCUGCAGGAACUUACCGGUAGUUCCCUCCGCCUCUCUGCCCUGAGCCUCUGCAGCCCAGGAGAGGCUGGAGGGUUACCAGACCCAGAGGGAACCUCAGCUUCCUGUGAUGGGGCUGAGAGUGGAGCACCUGCAGGUAAUGGGUCCUCCAUCACCUCAGGAGCCAGAGCAGACUCAGCUGGUGCCUGCACCUGAGGAUCCAGCACAGGUGAGGACCCUUCAGGCUCAAGCCCCAGCCCUGGCUCAGCUGCUUCUGGAGGCGGAGAAUCCUGUGCAGGCUGGGAUUCCUCAGGUUCAGCUUCCGAGUCCAAAUCCCAGGCCAUCACACCUUGCAGUUAGUAACACCAACUAGACACCUCAGAGCCCAGUUGUUUACAUGCCUGUGGAGCGUCAUGACUGGCACCCGCAACCAAUCCGCAUUCAGCGACAUUUUAAAUUCUCUGGCCAUGGGCCUGUUGCACACCUGCUUGGUUUGACCGACUUGCAGGACUCACUUUCCCGCAGGUCUGUGACGCAUUUCUGCGCAGAGACAACAGGCUCCAGGGAGCCAUUGAGAGAUCCCUCAAAGGCAGUGGCAGAGCACUCACUGCUGGCACCCAGGGUGGGGGCGUGCAUGCCAGGGUGCGUGUGGUGUGCCUUCAAAAUAACCCCCUGUAGCUAAAUGGGGCCACAUUGGGCUGCCUGCUAAAAGGGGAAGAAACCCCUUCUCCAUUCACUGCUUGGACUUGUCCUACGCACACACUAGGCCUUUAAAGCCCCUUCAAGGCACAUUCUUCCCCUCAAAGAAUUCUGGGCACUGCGGUUUGUUAAGGGUUGCUAGGAACUGUAACUCUGUGAGGAUGCCUACAGUACCCUGUAUUGGUUUUUUUCAGUGAAUCCGGGGACACUUUUUUUAUUUUUUGAAGCAGAGUAGCAACAGGGAAUCAUUAGUGGGGAUGGUGAGGCAAAAGACCCUGGGCCCAAGCACACAUGCAUAUUGUAUAAAGGUGCAAAGCCCUUCUUUCGCACCCUGUGAAACAUAAAUGCACAGCUUUUUUAAAAACUGGGCAACAGCGCAGCGCAUGCCCGUGACUCCUGAGCCUUCCCUAAUCUCCUUCCCCCUCCCCCCUUUGUUUUGACAGAUCAGGGGGUGCUCAGGAGUCACGGACGGGCGGCCGUUGCCAGCCUGGUAGCGCAGUUGGCUCUGGCUGGCUUCAGGAGCUGCUCGCUGCCAUGGUGCAGGAAAAAUGGCGGGCGCCACGGCAGCGAGCAGCUCCUGAAGCCAGCCAGAGCCAACUGCGCUACCAGGCUGGCUCUGGGCUGCUGAGGCUGCCACUGCCACGUUUCCUGGAGACAGAUUUGCGAAUCUGGGGACAUUCCGGGGACGGAAUUUGUCCGGGGACAGAUUUGCAAAUCUGGGGACUGUCCCCGGGACCCGGGGACGUCUGGUAACCCUACCCUGCAUUCUCGGGGGAGCAGGGAGAGAUGUGUUGCAAAUGUGCUAUAAAGUUAUACUGUGUAGACAGCCUUUAGUUGCUGGGCUUGCAAACUCUGCAUCCUUUUGGAAAAGCCCCCCCCCCCAUUGCACCUUGCAGUUUGGGCAACACAUCUUCCAGGUAAAGGAUGUUGCAGUGGUGCCAGUAGACCUGGGACAUAGGUGACAAUCCCAUAGCUGGCUGCUGCUCCUGAUCCCAGACACUCACUUACCAAUGGGAGGAGACACCUUGUACCUUCUCUGCUUUGCGAUGGCUUCCUUUCUCAUCACACAGCACAGAAUCCCUGCUGUCUGCUCUUUGGCAAAGAGAGCCACCCAGCAAGGCUAUUAUCUAUCACAGCUAAUGUUUACUGGUGUAAGUCCAUUUAAAACCUGUGAAACUAUCUAUUAAUUAUGUGUGCUGUGUCCAUUCCCAGUGCAGUAAAGUGUUGCAGCCUGGGAAACGACUUCUGGGACUGCGCAGAACAUGAUAAUAGUGCCUCUUUAGGGUGGGAAGGUUUUGCCACUGAAGAGAAAUGACUUUGACAUCUUAGUUAAAGUGCCCAAUUCUUUCCAGUUCGUUCUCUCACGCUUUUCUCCACUUUCUAACCAGGUUGACGAUUAAUGCCGAAUGUUACCUCCAGCUUCAUAACUUUCCCAUGGAUGAGCAUUCCUGCCCCCUGGAGUUUUCAAGCUGUAGGUGGUAAAGCAUUUCACAGAAUUCUUCUCAUUUUAAAUAGAGGCCCCGUUGAUUAACAGGCUGUUCGGAGGGCUUUGUUGCACUUUGCACCAACUAGGUUUGAAGUGUCACGAGCACUUUUGGUAUCGCUUAUCACUUAUUUCCAGUUUAGGUGAAGUGACUCGCCUAUGGGGAAAUGGCAUUGCACCUCAAGGCCACCAACAAGGAUGGAAACCUAUUAUACAGAUCCAGAGCUUUGAUACAAAUGAGCCAUAAUCCCUGCUAAGGAAGUUUGUCAGAUUCAGGUUCUAAUGUAGAAGAAAUAAAGAUUAUUAUACGUGGCUCCAGGGUCUCCAGGAGAUGCUAAGGAUUGAGACAUCGACCUUCUGCAUGCGAAGAAGCUGCUCCAGUGCUGAGUUUCUGACCUUUUGCCAUCAUAGCUGUACCCACUGAUCCUAAAUUUAUCUAAGAAUUUCUAGCUUCAGUGGUUUUCAGAAUUAUACCCAGUGUUAUAAAUGGCAAUAAGCUUAUAAAACUAAUCUGCUCACAAGGACAUAACACUGUCAUGGGCAGAAUGAAAAAACAACAACCCAAAGUACAUCUAAACAGUUUCUUUCCAGUUCUUAAACUUAAUUGGGGAUAAAAUGUAACUACUACGUAUGUCUUUAAACUGUGCUUUAUUGCUGUCCUUUAUUUUAGUCCUCCAGGUGGGAAGUGCUUUCAGAAUUCGUUCCCUUCAAAGACGCAGGGCUUAUUCACACUUACUGUCCUCCACUCCAUGUUCAAGCACCGCCCCCCCUCAUGUAAAUCAAUAUUUCCUUGUAGUAUGCAUAAUUCUGCUUUUCUUUUUUAUCACUUGCAUACUUUAUGCUGGUUUUACUAACUUCGGUAAAUCAUAUUCAACAGCCCCUUUCAGCUUCCGAGAUUUCAGCAGGCAUUGCCUGUAACACUUCCAAUAAUAUAUUUACAGCUCUAAUAAUGGAAUCAUGGUACACACACGGCCCUGAAAUCUACUCAAAUCUACUGCAAAGGGUGGUUAACUUCUUAAUUGAAGGCUGUCUUCCUGUUGCCAUCACUUUUAGCAAUAACUUAGAAAAGCCUCCUUAUUUACCUCCACAAGCCGUUUACCUAUUAGUGGAACUGGACUAUUCUCUGAAAGUUGUUCUGUAGUUAUAUACAACAUGCUAAAACAUUCUGUAUCAGCAUUCCACCACCCCUCCCUGCUACAGGGUGCUUGAUUUUUUUGUACAAAUGUUGUGCUACUAUCUUCUAGAUGGAUAUCCGAGGAAUGAAAUUAUAUACAAAUGGAAAAAGUCCUCUGUGGAAGUGGCAGAUCCCAAAUAUUGGAGAUUGUAUCAAUUUGCAUUUGUAGGCUUACGUAAUACAACAGAUAUCUCCCAUACACAGUCCGGUAAGGAAACAACCACAUUUAUUUAAACUAGAUAUUUCUGGACUAUGGAUGCAAGUAGGCAUUGUUUUCUGUUUCCCCCUGUUUUCAUCACAUGCAACACUGUUUCUGUUCCACUACAGCUCAUCUUCUGUUAAAAACAGUACUAUUUAUCUUGAUGUCUGCUGCAACGAAAUCACAUAACUUACACAAUUGAUGUAACUGAUUAUAUAAAUUGAGUUGUGAUGUUAUUCCACUUCAGUGUAAAGGAAACAAAAAUGCUAAGGGCGAAGGAGGAAGUAUUGUUUGCAGACUGAAAACAACAACCAAUACCAAUUGUAUUCACGGAAUUGAUUUCCACUCUGGAUGUGGAAUGAAUAAGCUGACUUGGGCAGUUUCUACUCCUGUGUCCUUAUUUGUCAGAAUUCUCUGACAUUCCUAUUCUAGACUCAUUUUUUGGUGGAAGAUUUGUGUGUGUGUGUGUGUGUGUGUGUGUGUGUGUGUUUCCUACCUGUAACAACCUCAGAGUAAUGUUUCAGACUCUGCUAUUCUCACUCAUAUAGUUGAAUGAAAAUGAACCUUACUCAGUCUCUCCCCCCACCUCAGACCAAAGGGAGUGCACUUCCCUCAUACCUGUGUCUAGUUCCCACACUGCAUAGUGUUUUCCCCUAAGCAGUCCCUCCAGAGUCUUCCCAUUGUGUGCCUCCAGCCUUCCUCCAUGGUGCUCUCUGCUGUGUUUGAGAAAGUAGCAAGAACCUGGGAGCAGUGUGCCAUGCACCACACCCCACUCACCCACUGCAGGCACCUCCGUGCAGUUUGGGUGCAUCUGUGUCUUAUUGGGUCAACAGGGAGGAAGGAUCCCACCACAUGGCACACCAAGUACACACCCUUUCACAGUGGGUUUGAUUUUAUACUAACUAGGUAAAGGUAAAGGGACCCCUGACCAUUAGGUCCAGUCGUGACCGACUCUGGGGUUGCGGUGCUCAUCUCGCUUUUUUGGCCGAGGGAGCCAGCAUACAGCUUCUGGGUCAUGUGGCCAGCAUGACUAAGCCGCUUCUGGCGAACCAGAGCAGCACACGGAAACACCGUUUACCUUCCUGCCAGAGUGGUACCUAUUUAUCUACUUGCACUUUGAUGUGCUUUCGAACUGCUAGGUUGGCAGGAACAGGGACCGAGCAAUGGGAGCUCACCCCGUCACGGGGAUUCGAACCGCCGACCUUCUGAUCGGCAUGCCCUAGGCUCAGUGGUUUAGACCACAGCGCCACCCGCGUCCCUUGUAUUAUACUAACUAGAGAAACUGUAUUUCUCUAUUAUACUAACUAGAGAAAUACAAUUAUUGUCACCUUCUUUGUUAGAAGCCAAAUAGGCAAAGAUUUAGUAAUUUAUUUUUAAUAACCUAUGGUUUUAUUGAGUUUCCAUGAUACAGAAAACAAUGAACAGAACCCCCUUCAUUCCUAAGAACAACAAGAAAAUAAUUACAGUUUCCCUUCACCUCCCAGCUGCUCACUUUGACCUGCUGUGGCAAUUAGAGCAAACAUACAGUUCUCAACUUCUUUGGCUUCUCCUGGUCCACAGGCUCUGUGUCCACUGGUCUUCCAUAAAACAUUGAGGAUAUUUGAUCAGAGAGCACUUCACCAGCAGCAAAAUCCCAUCCACAUUAUAAGGUGUUCUUUUUGUGGGAGAGGUGAGGAGAAAACAGGAGAUCACUUGCAGGAUAUAACUGACCGAAUUUCUUUUCUUUUCCUUGCAGGGGAUUACGUUGUCAUGACGAUUUUCUUUGUUCUGAGUAGGCGUAUGGGGUAUUUUACCAUUCAGACGUACAUUCCUUGCAUAUUGACAGUCGUCCUUUCCUGGGUCUCGUUCUGGAUUAAUAAAGAUGCAGUGCCCGCGAGGACAUCAUUAGGUAGCUACUCUCUUUGCAAACCCAUCUUCAUGUACGCUCCUGUAUGUGCUGUCAUGCAACAACAAAAAAAUGUUUUUUAAAAAUUAUACUCUCUCUCUGUGGCGUAGAAAAUUUAAUGAACAAGAAAAGAACUGGCUACUUUUCCAGUCUGCCCCUCCAACCCCCACCCCUUUGCUUGCCUUUUAAGAGAACCUGAACUCUUGGCUCAGCUCUAGUAAAGGUAAAGGUAAAGGGACCCCUGACCGUUAGGUCCAGUCAUGGACGACUCUGGGGUUGUGGCACUCAUCUCACUUUAAAGGCUGAGGGAGCCUGCAUGUGGCCAGCAUGACUAAGCCCCUUCUGGCAAACCAGAGCAGUGCAUGGAAAUGCCGUUUACCUUCCCGCCGGAGUGGUACCUAUUUAUCUACUUGCUUUCGAACUGCUAGGUUGGCAGGAGCAGGAACCGAGCAACAGGAGCUCACCCCAUCACGGGUAUUUGAACUGCCAACCUUCUGAUCGGCAAGCCCUAGGCUCUGUGGUUUAGACCACAGUGCCACCCGCAUCCCUCUCAGCUCUAGUAAAGACACACAAAGACUUCCCACAAAGGCAUCCAUCUGGUCUCAUUUUAAAACAGGAACCAUGCUGGCCAUAUGAGUAAGGCAUAUCUUGGAACAUUUGGUGACAACUAUAUACCUCUAGGUACCAAAUUCGGUCUUCUGUCCCCUGCUUUCACCCCAUCUGAGCUCCUUUGGACUUCCAAAUUAAAUAACUGAACGCAAUAGUGAUUUUAGGGACGCGGGUGGCGCUGUGGGUAAAACCUCAGCGCCUAGGACUUGCUGAUUGCAUGGUCGGCGGUUCGAAUCCCCGCGGCGGGGUGCGCUCCCGUCGCUCAGUCCCAGCGCCUGCCAACCUAGCAGUUCGAAAGCACCCCCGGGUGCAAGUAGAUAAAUAGGGACCGCUUACCAGCGGGAAGGUAAACGGCGUUUCCGUGUGCUGCGCUGGCUCGCCAGAUGCAGCUUGUCACGCUGGCCACGUGACCCGGAAGCUGUCUGCGGACAGCGCUGGCUCCUGGCCUCUAGAGUGAGAUGAGCGCACAACCCUAGAGUCUGUCAAGACUGGCCGUACGGGCAGGGGUACCUUUACCUUUAAUAGUGAUUUUAAUUGUUAAAUAGGUUGCUUUGUUGAGAAAACACCAUGUGAACAGGGUCAUCAGUCCUUUGUGCUGUUUGAGAAAAUGGUAAACGGAGGAAUAGGCACACAAUAAAGGUGAAAUCUAUAUUUAGCUGCAUUUUGUUUUUCAGCCACAAAGCCUUUUAUAGUAAAGCAUGAUCAAGCCUGUUAUGAAAAUACCCUUAAAACAACAAAUGUGAAGAAUGACCCAAAACCUAUGCAGCAACUUUUUCUAUAAUGAACGAAAUAGAAAAAUUAGUGGGGUGAAAACAUCUUUAGAGAUAUAUGCAACCUUAAAACAUAAAUAUGAGUACUGCUUUGAUAAUUCUGAGAAGUACACAGAGCCUAAUUGUGUGUGUGUGUGUGUGUGUGUGUGUGAGAGAGAGAGAGAGAGAGAGAGAGAGAGAGAAAGGAUGCCUACAGUAACAAUGCUUUCUUUUGCUUGCUUGCUUCUAUUUUUAUCCUGCAUUCCAGCCAGCAGCUUUGCAAAGUGACUGACCAAAAUAAUCCAGUUAAAACACUAAAAAUAUGUAACCAAAACCAGAAUUGGAUCUAUAUUUUCAUGAGUUUGCAUCCGUAUAGAACCAAAUUGUUAUUGCCUUUGGUAUCUACUUCACACAAACGUUUCCAUAGUUUAAUCAUCUCUAGAAUAUUAACACCUAACAGCAUACAGUCAUACCUUGAUUCUCGAACUUAAUCUAUUCCGGAAGUCCGUUCGAUUCCUGAAACCAUUCGAAAACCAAGGUGUGGCUUCCGAUUGGCUGCAGGAGCUUCCUGUACUCAAGUGGAAGCCGCGUUGGAUGUUCGGCUUCCGAAAAAUGUUCAAAAACUGGAACACUUACUUCCGGGUUGGUGGCAUUCGGGAGCUGAAUUUUUCAUCAACUAAGCCAUUCGAGAACCAAAAUAUUACUGUAAUCCUAUGUGUGUCUACUUAGAAGUAAGUCCGACUGAGUUCCUAAGAACCUUAUGAAGAGCCCCGCUAGAUCAAACCAAAGGUCUAUCUAGUCCAGCACUCACAGUGGGGGUUAUUCCCAGGUCAAGGGGGUCUAGGGUUACAGCCUAAGCAUUGCUGCAAGUUCUCUUGGUGACACCAUUUCUGUCAUUAUAUUUAUUUUUUAACAGGCAUCACCACUGUGUUGACCAUGACCACGCUGAGUACAAUUGCAAGGAAGUCCCUUCCCAAGGUUUCCUACAUAACAGCAAUGGACCUUUUCGUCUCUGUGUGUUUCAUUUUUGUGUUUGCUGCCCUGGUGGAGUAUGGCACCUUGCAUUAUUUCACCAACAACAAAAAGGGGGCCAAAGAGAAAGACAAGAAAUCAAAAAACAAGUCCUCAGUAAGUGUAAAUAGCUAGAGAAUUCUAGCAUUUUUUAUCUCCUCAGUCCUAACGUUUGAUUAUGAAGGAAAUGUUUCGGGAGCAAGCUUGCGGACCUGACAUUUUAGCAAACAACAAUGCUGUGCUUUAACGUUUACAGACAGGAUCCUUGGGAAUGCUUAAAUAAUGGUGUUGUAGUCUAACCUGAAUUCAACCUACGUCUUUAAUUUGAUACAAUCCUUGGGCAUAGCUGUCAACUUUCAGAUUUGAAAAUAAGGGAUUAGCAGUCUCGAAAAUAAGGGAUCAGCAGCCUCACUUGUCCCGGGGACAGUCUACGGGAUAUCUAACAAUCUGGGAUAGCAGCAGGAAGCAGCGGGAAAAGGCGCUGGAAUAAGGGAAUUUCCUGCAAAAAAAAGGGAAGGUUGACAGCUAUGUCCUUGGGUUGUAUGACGCUGGGUAAUAUCAUAGCUAGAAAUUCCAUUCCGUGACCAAGCAGAAGGGAAGAGUAUAGCAGGAAGAAAGGACAGGUACAUAGUCCUCCCAGUUCUCAUAUUGCAUGGGGAGUAGAAAAAAUCGAGGUCUGAUAUACUCUAAGGCAGGGAUGGGGAAACCUGUGACCGUCCAGAUAUUAUUGGACUCCAAAUCCCAUAAUUCUGUCUGGGAGUUCACAGGAGUGAAACACAACAACAACCAAAGGGCUGCAUGUUCCCCAACCAUGCUCUAAUGGGAUCUCUUCACAUCCCAGGAUGGAUUGUGCCAAUGGACUCCCAAAUUCUACAUCCUUGAUUGCAAGGAUGGGGGUGGUUGGGGCCAAGCCCAUUACUUUCUUCUGUAACAUUAAAACAGUUUAAAAAACUUUAUUAUUGAUAUCAAAAUUUACAAAGGAAAACCCAAAUUAAUCUCGUUUACAAAUUCAAUACUGACAAUAACACCAUUUAAAAUAUCACCCAUUCUUACAAAAUUCAGAACAAUUCAUUUUAGCCCAUUUCCCUCUCUCCUUUCUUUUCUUUUUUUUAAAAAAAACUUGGUAAGGUUUUAAUCCAAACCCAGUUUGUUGCCUAGCAGUCUUCCUGGAGUAGUGGGUCCAUCUCCAUUUCUGCAACCCUGCUAAGCAUGCCAGCCAGGAAGGAAGGAAGAUGGAGGUGGCGAAGGCCAGUCACGAGUAGACUCAGUGAAGUUAUGUGACGGCAGUGGAGCUGGCUUAGGACCCACCAACUCCUAGGCUGACUCAACGCCUCUGUUUGUUUUAUCCUGACAAGCAAACACCUCAGCAUUAGUCCCCAUAGCGGUGACAGCACCAUCUACUGGGUAUACAUUUUGUUUCUUAGAUUAGCAAAACACCUCCAUCUGUUCAUGAAAUUUUGUUUGCAACAACAACAUACUCAAAUUAUCUGUGAAUCAGCAGUUUGCUUAGUUAUGGGAGAGAUAGCCAUAGCAUGGGUCUGUCUCUGUUUAUGUCUUUGUAAUUAUAUCAAAAUAAUAUAUGUUCUACAGUGAGUCAAAUAGCAAAGAUGGAAAAAUGCUCACCCACUGGCGGAGGAAGAGGGGGCAGGCAGAGCGCACCAGCCCUGACACCACGAUCCCAAUGGGGUGCCAUCAUGGCUGCUCCCCCCCCACGGGUGGUGUGCCAUGCCCCUGGGAUGCGCGCCAGCCACACCCCCACUUGCUCUCCACUGCUGGUGCCAGAGCAUGAAGCUCCACCACUGACUUCAAGGUGACUAUCUGCCCAUCGGAUGGUGCAAAAAGGACUGUGCUAUUAGGCCAACCAUAUGCAUGUCUGUCCAUUUCCCACCCUGGAAAAAACUGCCCUGGGGGAGGAACUCAGUGUGAGUAUAGCAGGACAAUAUUCCUGCUCCAUGAUUGCAGUCAUGGGAUUUUUGUCUAUCCCAUGACGGUAUAUGUUUUGACUCCACAGAGUGGGAAGUGACAGAAACAGGAUGUUUGUGUUACUGUGUUUCGUGAAGUGGGACUAUUGUCCUUUGUUCCUUUUCUCUUUGCUAUCUGAUGCUAGAGAGAGAGGGAGCCAUGUUGCAGUGCUCUGUGUGUGUUUAUAUGUAAAUAAAGUAGAUUAGCCAAAAUGCUGAGAUGCUGAGUUGCUGAGGUCUUUUACGCGAACUGCACAAACUAUGCAGAUCCCUAAGUGUUCCGGUGUCUGUAUGCAUCGGUCACCAUGAUGUUCGGGCUGAAGAAAGCCUUUGAAGCUCCCAAACGAAAGACCAGAAGAGAGAGAACAUGCCAGUCGGGCAUGUGCCUCUGCCAGGGUCCUACUCAAGUGUAGGCCGAACUCCUGACAGUUCACUGUGGUGUCAGUACAUGAGCUGGUAUUUGGUCAUUGCAAAAGUAAGUGGAAAAGUUGUUCCACCAGGCUAUGAUCACAGGUGCCUGCCCUGUUUUGUGUGGUCCUGCAUGGUGCCCAUUUUCUAUAUAGGCUGUGCACAUACUCCCAUUUACUCCCGUGUGCUCUCCAGGGCUGGCUCAAUACAUUUUGCUGCCUGAGGCAAAUGGCACCCUUCCUCUAGGUACAAACAGAAGCCAACUGGACUUCUAGUUGAAUCUUACUCUAAUUCUGGCGAAAGGACAGUGUCUUCCACUGCAGUUGGGGACAGGAGGCUAGCGUAGGGGGUACAGGGCAGACUACAUAGCACUCCCACCUCCGUCCAGCCCCCAUGCCUCAGCAUGCUGCCUGAGGCAGCUGCCUCACUCUGCUUCAUCAUUGGGCCAGCCCCAUUGCUCCCAACACUAACUUGGAAAACUGUGAACACGUGGCAUUAGUCACAAUCCACAUCCAUCCUGUCGUUUCUUGUGAACUACUGCAUUUUAAUGCUUUCCCACUCAAAAACUGGCCUCGACCCAAAUGGAGAACUGCUCAUUGGCUAAAGCCAUCACCAUCCCAUCUCCACCCACUGAUGCAGAUACAUAGUGGACAACUUACAAUCAUUUCCAACCAUGCUCAUGGGUACAAUAAGGUGCAAAUGUAUAAUGGUACCUUGGGUUAAGUACUUAAUUCGUUCCAGAGGUCUGUUCUUAACCUGAAACUGUUCUUAACCUGAAGCACCACUUUAGCUAAUGGGGCCUCCUGCUGCUGCCGUGCCGCCGGAGCAUGGUUUCUGUUCUCAUCCUGAAGCAAAGUUCUUAACCCGAGGUACUAUUUCUGGGUUAGUGGAGUCUGUAACCUGAAGCAUAUGUAAGCUGAAGCGUAUGUAACCCGAGGUACCACUGUAGUUUCAAACACAGUGAAGAAAGAGGACCUCAUUGCAUGUUAAGCUUUGAAUGUGUACAGAGACAUAUUUUUAAAAAUCUGUUUGGUAUCUGGCUGGGGCUGGGGAGAGCCCUUUGUGUUAAGGGGUACAAACUAGAGCAGGUGGUGGAGGUGGCAGUUUUGGUCAAUAUAAAAGCAGAGCCCAAAGAAAGUUUUGGAGAGAUGUCUUCAGUUCUUUUCUAAGAAUGCAAUGACAGAUGAUUGCUGAACAUUGUGCUACAUACAUUUUGCAUACAGCACAGAAUUUUGAAGCUGGCUUUCAGUUUUUGCAACCUUGCUUAGUGAGAUAGAAAUCUCAGGUAAAUGUAUAUCAAUACUUGGCAGUCACACACUUGCACAUAAUUAUGUUCACUUCCACCAUUGAUUUUCGUGGUACUAAAUUUCCCAUAAGGUUGCCACUAGGAGCCAAAACAUAAUAAGCACUCUAGAUUUUUCCUUUUCUUCGUCUAUAUGCACUUCAGCUAGAGAGUAAUGAAGAACCCAUGCUUCUUCCAGUCCUCUAAUCAUUUUGAUAUUGUUUGAAAUUUGUCACAGGGUACCUGGGUGAUGUUCUGUAGUCAUUUUGUUAUGUUUGGAGAGAGCUCCUUUUUAUAUACCACUGUCUAAGUCACUCUAAAUAACAAUUACCAUUCGUCUCUUCAAUUAUUUUGAACUUCAAAAGAGACCAGUGCACAGAAACAUGAACAUUUAAUAAUCCCCAGAGGGUAAACAUACUAAAAUAUUAAUAUGGAGCAUAUCAUUAAGCAAUAUAUAAAUUUAGCCCUCUCCUAUAAAUAAAUAAGAAGUUACUUUUCGUUACUAUGAUGUUGAGAUUUUUUUAUAAAAAAUAUGGAAAUUCCCAAGCACCGUAAUAAAGGAUCACUGAACUGGAAUCAUGAGGACUGCAAAGAGCUUUCUGAAAUGGAAGAAUGGCUAAGUUAAGAAUUAGGACAGAAAGCAUAGUCUCAUAUUUAAUUCACUGUGCAUUAUAUCAAACCUUAAUGCUGAAACCAAUCUUUAGAGCAGCUUGAAUUCACCACAUUUUCACUUUCCAAACAGAGGGUUCUAUCUAAGCUCCAGUACACCCACUGAAUUUAAUGGACCUACCUUGCUCAUGCCCUCUAAUUUCAACAGAAUAAUAAUAAUAAUAAUAAUAAUAAUAAUAGUGUCACAAAGAGUCGGACACGACUAAAUGACUAAACAAUAAUAAUAAUAAAGCGAUAAAACAUCAGACAUUAAAAACUUCCCUAAACAGAGUUGCCUUCAGAUGUCUUCUAAAAGUCAGGUAGUUGUUUAUUUCCUUGACAUCUGAUGGGAGGGCAUUCCACAGGGCGGGCACCACUACUGAGAAGGCCCUCUGCCUGGUUCCCUGUAACCUUACUUCUCACAGUGAGGGAACCGCAAGAAGGCCCUCUGCGCUGGACCUCAGUGUCCAGGCUGAGGCAUGGGGGUGGAGAUGCUACUUCAGGUAUACUGGGCUGAGGCUGUUUAGGGCUUUAAAGGUCAGCACCAACACUUUGAAUGGUGCUUGGAAACAUCCUGGGAGCCAAUGUAGGUCUUUCAGGACCGGUGUUAUAUGGCCUUAGCGGCUACUCCCAGUCACCAGUCUAGCUGCUGCAUUACUCAUUAAUAUGAGUAAGGCUAAUGUUGAACACAACCCUGUGUGUGUAUUCGUUGCUGGUAAUUUUUAAAUUAUUGCCAAAGCAAACACCUAUUCUUUCAUUGCUUUCAUUGGACAGCUGCCCCAAACAGCACAAUCUGACGGGUGCCUACCAGAGAAAAAGAAGUACCCCAGUUCUGAUUUGUGCAUUAUUUCAUGCACGGAUAGCUCCCUGCACAAACUGGAAGAGCAGCUUCCAGGUGCCCUCUGUGCCAUCAGUGUAGUGGAGCAUCAUUUUGUGACGGUCCUUAGGUGUUUCCCCCUAAAUAUUUUUUGUAAUUCUGAAAACCUUUGGGUUAUCCCAGACUUACUGAUAUGCCCCUAUUGUGCACGGAUGGUACCACUUUUGCCACAUUGAGAUCCACAUAGGGAGAGAACUGAGAAUAUGAUAAUUCCAUGGAAAUAAUAGCAUUUAUACAAUGAAAUAAUGGCAGCAAUAAGAGCUCCUUUAAUGCUUUUUAUUAAAAAAACAAAAACUUGCAUAAAUUGUACAGGUACAGUUAACUAAUAUGGCCAUUUGGUAGUAGAGGAAUUAUACCCAUCUUUGAUGCCACCUCUUUUCUGCAACGCUUACGGUUCAGUUAAGGAGAUUAGAUUCUUUCUACUGGCAGAUAUCAUCGUUUAGUAACCAAUAUGUCAGAAAUGUGUCCCAUCCAAAACUUUUUAUAUCUUCACACAAAGAGGAAAUUAUCUGCCUGCUGUAUUAAAAUGUGUUUAAGCAUUGCAUUUUAACAACAUUGCAGAUGGUAACUGGCUCAGUUAGAUCCUAAACGCUACCAAGAAUGCUGAAAAAGCAGCUUGUAUGAAAAUACCUAUUUAAAAUUUAAUCAUAUAAUUUCAGUAAAUUUGAGUAGCUCUAAUGGUUGCUGGACUAUUUCAGCUCCAUUCCUGGGUUAUGAAUAGGCUUUGAAGACCUUCAUUCUGAGACACGGCACUAUCUCUGGAAAGUCAACAUUUCACAAACGCUUGGGUCUAAUAAUAUUGUAACUCAAGUUAUUAGGCUCCAUAUGAUUUGAUUCCUAAUCCUUGCGUUUAUAUUACCCUAUAAUCUCACGUAGACCUUGAGUUUCAUGAUGGAAGAAAAGUAGGAUGUAAACACACUUAAAUUAAACAAAUACAUCUUUAGCAUUAACCUUCCAUUAUUCUAGCAUUUGGUCUUUCGACAUGCGUGCAGUGGUACCUCGGGUUACAUACACUUCAGGUUACAUAUGCUUCAGGUUACAGACUCCACUAAUCCAGAAAUAGUACCUCGGGUUAAGAACUUUGCUUCAGGAUGAGAACAGAAAUUGUGCUCUGGCGGCGCGGCGGCAGCAGGAGGCCCCAUUAGCUAAAGUGGUGCUUCAGGUUAAGAACAGCUUCAGGUUAAGAAUGGACCUCCAGAACGAAUUAAGUACUUAACCCGAGGUACCACUGCAUUGGAUAGUGAAUUUAACCACAUACUUAUCUCUCUAAGGGGGACGCAGGUGGCGCUGUGGGUAAAACCUCAGCACCUAGGACUUGCCGAUCGCAUGGUCGGCGGUUCGAAUCCCCGCGGCGGGGUGAGCUCCCGUCGUUCGGUCCCAGCUCCUGCCCACCUAGCAGUUCGAAAGCACCCUUAAGUGCAAGUAGAUAAAUAGGGACCGCUUUAUAGCGAGAAGGUAAACGGCGUUCCGUGUGCUGCUCUGGUGCCGGUUUGCCAGAGCAGCUUCGUCAUGCUGGCCACGUGACCCAGAAGUGUCUGCGGACAGCGCUGGCUCCCGGCCUCUAGAGUGAGAUGAGCGCACAACCCUGGAGUCUGUCAAGACUCGCCUUUACCUUUACCUUUACCUUUAUCUCUCUAAAAAGUCUUACCCUUGAGCCUGUUAGGACCUAUUAAAACUGCACUGUUUUGCAGAUCUUGUUACUUACGAUUUUUGUUGUGAGGAAGGUCCCUUGCAUCCCACUUCAUUCUCUACUGGAACUAAUUUAUAUUUAUAUUUAUAUUUAUAUUUAUAUUUAUAUUUAUAUUUAUACAUACAUACAUACCCGACCCAUCUGGGUGGGUUUCCCCAGCCACUCUGGGCGGCUUUCAACAUAGCAUUAAAAACAGAAUAAAACCUCAAACAUUAAAAACUUCCCUAAACAGGGCUGCCUUCAGAUCUCUUCUAAAAGUCAGAUAGUUGUUUAUUUCAUUGACAUCUGAUGUGCCUACAGUAAAAUGUGCCUACAGCAAACUAUUUUAGGCAUGCAUAAUGCUCCUCCUUGGACAUUUAAAUAUAUGAACUGCAGUGAUACUGCUAAGUUCAGAAACAAUGCAUCAUCCACAUUAGGAAGAUAGCACUGAAGAUUUAGUCAAAACUUGAAGAAGUUAAUGAUAAAUAACGGCUUGGAGGACAAAUGAUGAAAGCAGAGCUGCUUAAUUGCUGGGAAACAAGCCCAGGUUUCCCCACAGAGUGUUCAUUUGACACAUUGUUUACUGCUGUGCACUGACAUGUGUACAUUUAGGUGUACACUUGAUGAUUUAGGUGUACACCAAACAGGGGUGGCAUGUUCCAUUUCACUGCUUGAGACCACACCUGCCACCACUUUCCGCUGCUACCACCUUCUGCCAUUCACUCUGCUUCAUCCACCACUGACAGAGAAGUGCCAUCGACACUGAUUUCAGGUCAGAUCACACAAACUUCGGGUGAGCUCUCACCUGAAACGGACAUGACCUUGCCCGAAAUGGGCACCAUUGUUGGCACUGCUUCUCCACCACUGGUGGAAGUGUCGGCGCAAGCGGGGUGCCCAUGGGAGCGGCAUCUCAGGGGUUUCUGCUGCCUGAGGCAGCAGGCCCACCCUGUCUAAUGGCUGGGCCAGCCUAGACACCAAAAAACAUAAUGUGUGAUGUGUUAGCAGGGUCGCUUGAAUAACAUAGAGUCCAGAGAGAAAAGAAGCUGAUAAUAAACUUCAUAACUUUAAUAACAACAACAACAACAACAACAACAACAACAAUAAUAAUUUUAUUUAUAUCCCGGCCUCCCCAGGCGAAGCUGGGGCUAACAACAAUAAAAGUAGCACAGUUUACAUAAAAUCACAAUCAAUUAAUUGAAAUGCAUUCCAAAAUCAAUUUAUUCUAUAAUCAAUUCAAAAUCAAAUUAAUGGCAACCAUAGAGUUCUAUGAGGAUUAUCAAAGGAGGGGGUCAGACUGUGCCUUGGCCAAAGACCUGGUGGAACAGCUCUGUCUUGCAGGCCCUGCAGAAAGAUGUCAAGUCCCGCAGGGCCCUAGUCUCUUGUGACAGAGCAUUCCACCAGAUCGGGGCCACGGCUGAGAAAGCCCUGGCUCUGGUUGAGGCCAGCCUAACCUCCCUGUGGCCCGGGAUCUCCAAGAUGUUUUUAUUUAAAGAUGUCCCCCCAUUGGGACAUACCAGGAGAGGCGGAUGAAGCAAUACAUCAUUUGAGGAGAAAUAAAACAGAGGAGAAAGGAACAUGACCAGGACAUUGGAAUAACUGACUAACCCUUGCUCUCAAUGAGGAGUUUGAAGGUGAAUUAAGUGGGGGUAGAGAGGUAGGGAAGUGGUGAUUCCUAAAGGAGUGGGGUUGAGAAGUUCAUCUCUUCUUUUCUCCUCUCUCCAUUGAACUUGACGGGCUUUUAACUAGUUCGUAAAAGCUGAGCCUUAGCCUGUUAUCAUUUUCUUUAGACUCCUGCACUUCCUGUCCGCCCUGGAUCAACAUUAAUUCCAAUCAACAAUCUCCGUCACCUUCAAGAGCAUCAUGGCAAUUAUGGAUAUGAGUGCCUUGAAGGGAAAGACUGCACCAGCUUCUUUUGUUGCUUUGACGACUGCCGCACAGGAUCGUGGAGAGAAGGACGAAUACACAUCCGCGUGGCCAAAAUUGACUCCUAUUCCCGAAUCUUCUUUCCCACAGCCUUCGCUUUGUUCAACCUUGUCUACUGGAUUGGUUACCUUUACCUAUAAAUGCCAGAUAUUUGACAAUCUUGAAAAAAGGGAUAACUGACACUGAAACACACCGCAGUAAAUAAGAUUAAAAGGUUAAAGCCCAGCG